GCGCCAAAUGCGGAAGAGAAGGGACAAGAUAUAAGUCUCUACAAACACAGGUAUACACACUCUCCUGAGUUGCUGAAUGCGCGGCAAAGGGGAUUCAACAGUAUGUUCAUAAUCGGUGCCGGUGUACCGUUGCUUUUCAAUGAAGAUUGCUUUUAAGUUUUCCUGCCGUUUCCCUCUUAGUGGUACACGACAGAUCUAAAGAAGCUGGAGAACACAGUGACUCGGUAAGGUGUUAAAAACCUCAUGGUGUUCUCCGGUGUUUUUUAAAAAAAGUUAAUAACUUCUUCUAUAAUAAUUAUCGCCGUUAUUUAUAUUUUAUUAUUUCUUCCAGAGCCGUAAAAAAAUCCAGUGUUAAUUUAUUAUAAUGUUUUAUAUAUCAUGUUAUUUAUAUAUCUUCAAUAUUAAAUGCUUGGGUGGGUAAAUUUGUAACUCGAUAUUCUUCAAUGACGAAAUUUAAUUCCAAGUGCUGUCACAUAUUUGAAACACGAGGUGAUGUGAAAGUGAAGUAAAAUAAGUUUAAGUAUUACUAAAAAUGGUAUAUAAAUAGUGAUAGGGGAUUGAAGUUACGGUGUCAUGUUGUUUUUAAAAAAUAAAAACAACAAAUCAUUAGGCAACUGGGGCAUUAAAUGGAAAAUUACAGUUUACACAGGAGUUAGAACAUGAACAGUUAAUAAUCAACACGUGGUGAGAUGGAGAAGUGAUCUGUGAACCAGUUUUGUUACACGACUCCAGCUUCUCAUCGAUAUUAAAAAUUGUAAAAGUAUUUUUUAAGUGUCACAGUAUUACACCAGUUGAGAUUUUUUUCGACAUUUAAAGAGAUGAGUGAACGCCGUAAUCUGAAGGUCGUUGACGUCCGAGAGACACUUGACUCCAAGUUGGCUUAUCUUCCUGGUGGAAGAGAUCGAGAAGGCAAGCCUAUUCUUGUUGUCGAUGUUCCCAUAUAUUCGUCUGAUGAAUCUGUUGCUGAUAAUAAAUUAGAAAAACUCUUGGCUUAUCUUCUCUCAACAUUCAAUGAUGAGACAAAGAAGAAUGGAAUUUCGUUGAUUAUGGAUGCGAGAAAAGGAUCUUGGAGAGUGGCCAGGUCGUAUAUUCAAAGAUCCAUGAAUGUGGUGGGGAAAUACGCAGCUCGUAUGAUUGUAAUACGACCUGAUAGCUUCUGGGAGAAACGAGUUGAUAACUGCACCAAGUCCUGGAAGGACGGCGAGCCAAUUUACAUUUCUAUCACAAGAUUAUAUUCUUACGUGGAUUCGGCUCAAAUUACAUGUGAUUUAGGAGGAACUAAAAGCUAUGAGCAUUAUGACUGGAUUCAAAUGCGUGUUAGGGUAGAGGAUUAUGAAAAGAGUACUGCGGAUUUAAUGUAUAAACUAGAGGAAUUCAAAGAUAAAUUAAAUAACUUUGGAAAGAUUGAUGAGACUAGUGAAGAAGAAAAGAGCAUUGAAUUUUAUGUAGAAAACAGAGAUGAGUUGGAAGCGAUGUGUCGUUAUAUUCUUCAUGAAGGAAGAAUUUUGGCAAGUGACAUGAGUAGUGAAACAUCUCAGGAUAUUCAGGACACUAUAAAUCGGAUUCACGAUCUUUUAGAUAUGAUCGAGUCUAAACAAAUUGAUGUAGAAACUAGUUGGACUCAGAUGACAAAUAAUUUAACAUUGUUAAGAGAAGUAAAAGACAUUGAGCAAGGUAUUAAUAGAGUUACUAAUUGGAUUCUUGGUCCUGCUGACGCGAUGCUCAAUUUUCAUAGUAAUGUUGGUUUCGAUGUUGCUUCUUCCGAAGUUUUACGACGUGAGCAUGAAGAGUUAGAACGAGAAUGCAGAGUGACUUAUGCUAGAUAUACACAAUUAAUUUUUAGAAUAAACAAAUUACCUGAACAUUGUUUAACUGAAUGCCUUAAAGCGCAAAAAGAUUUCAUGGAUUUUGUGUGCAGAGGCUACGCCGCGAGAUUAGAAAGGCGAAGAAAUAUUUUAAUUACUUGCCAACGAUUUUUUCGUUUAGUUUCUGAGUAUUUUGAUAAGACCAGUGAAGUAUUUGAUAAAAUGAUAAUGGGUAACAGAGCCUGUAAUUCUUUUGAAGCAGAAACAAAAUUAAUUAACUUAGAAGCUAGUCAAGCGAACUUAGAUGGAAUUUUAAAAGAUUUAAUUAAAGAGGGAGAAAAAUUUUCAGAACUGCUAUCGAUGCCAAUUAAAAAUGCAUUAGGCCGCGAUGUUAAAGUCGAAUAUACGGAAGACAUAACAAAUAUUACAGAUAUAUUAGACGCAACAAAUGCCAGAAAAAAUAUUUUUAAUGACUCAGUAGAGCUACAAAAGUUAACAUUGAAACAAACUAUUUCAAUUUGUACAUAUGAAACAGAUGCCGAUCAAUCAAUUAAAUGGCUAAGUGACCUAUUCAAUGUGUUAAUUAAAAAUUACACUGAAGUAGGCUGCAAUGUAACCGAAAUUAAGAAGCAGAAAGACGAUUUACAAAAUUUCGAAGAAAUUUCACAUGGUGCGUUCGAAUACGGCUGCCAAUUAUUAAAUGGAGCAAGAAUACUACGGACCUCUUGUAGAUUGAGUUUAGACACAAAUGCAAGUUUAUUCUCUCAACUAAGAGAAGCUUGGCGACGCAUUAGAUCAGUGAGUCAGGAACAACUCACAAGACUUAGAGUUUGUACGAUUUUCCAUCGAAGUAUUGAUGAGCACUGCCACAGAUUAAAUGAUUUAAUAAAAAUAGCGAACAGUUCUCUGUAUUUAAUAAAUAAAAAUAAGUCUGCAUCUGACGAAUGUCUGAGUGAUAAUUCUUCGACAUCGGAAUGUUUGAAAGAAGUUGUGGAAAAUCGUGAAAAACUAAUGGUCUACAUUGAUAGAACUGUUAAACUAGGAAGAUUACUUAGCACUAGUUUAAAAGAACCUCUCUGCUCUGAAUUAAGGAUGUCCACGUCAAAAGAAAACUUGCCGAUGACAGAGAACAGAAAUUUAUCAGCAGUCGAAGCGAUUUCCGAAAAACUAGCCGAAGUUACCCGACUUGUAGAGAAGUUGGAUGCAAAAUUAGACGAAGCUGGCGUGAGAACUAAAUUUACAAAGGAUGAAAAAGAAAAAAUAGAAAGUAUCGAAUUGUCAUCGAUACGCACUGCGAGUCCGUCUUCACUUGGUACAGUAAUCGAAGUACCUCGAAAAGAAGACAUCAGUAAUUAUGAGGAAGACAGUAAUCAUUUGCUGCAAGAAGAAAAUACUUUGAGAUCAAAUGAAGAUGAUGACGGUCUUUGUGAACAAAAUACUUAUGAGCGUCAUAAAAAUAAUAAUGAGGUUCAACAAGUAUGUAGUUCGGAAACGGAAGAAAUAAAUACCGAAGAUUACACGACUGCAACAGAAUGUUCAUUGACACCAGUUGCGAGAUCUCGUAGUGAAUCCUUCGUUACGAUGUCAGAGUGUGAUGACAUUUCAUCUGACGUAUAUCGAGUGGAGGGAGUAGAAAACCUGGAGUGUAAGGCUGUCGAUGGUUUAGUAACGUCUGAAACGUCUGGGCUUGUUGAUGAACUGAAGAUCAUGAGUAAAACGCCCGAAUUAAUCGUUGAUAUAAAUCAGAAUGUUCCAGACAUUAAGAAGACUAAUGCCACUUCAAUAAUUGAAACUGUUGAGGAAACGUCUGGGAAAGUUGUUAAAGAAGUAACGGAAGUAACAACACUUCGUGUAUCUCACGAUACUAAAUUUGGUGUUGCUUCUUACAAAUUUACUUCUAAUACCCUUACGGAGAAUAAUGAGUACAAAAAUGCCGAAGGUAUUCUUGAUGCAAGUCAUCAAUACAUCAACGGAUUUAAUAAUGGAAUUCAUCAUGAUGACAAAGAUGCCAAUGGAGAGUAUUCACGAGAAGAAAUAUCGAUAUCAGAACCCGAGGUUUCAAAGCUAGAAAAUGGUCACUGCAGACAUUCGAAAAUCGUUAGAGAAUCAAUGAGUGAAUACAAAUUGAAAUUACCACCUGAUGAGUUGAAAAACGUGAGAUUUUUAGACACAAAAGGAAAUAAUGACAGUGGUAUUGAAAUGGCACCAAAACAUAGCGAAAGAUUAGAAACAAGUGAAGAAGAAGAUGAUGAUAAUGAAUUUUUUGAUAAAUUUAAACGGAGUGGAGAAUGGUUGAGAUUAAAAGUGCUGGAAGUUUAUCCGGAAUUAACGAGACUCGGUACAACGGUAGAUGAAGCAAAAAGACUGUCAGCUGCACAUGACGAGGUACUUGUACGUCUUCAAAGUAAGCAAAGUCCAGUUGAAGAAUUACUUAGACAAGCGGAUCAACUAAUCUCGACUCAAAGACCUCGCGCAGAAGUAUAUGCUGCUAUGGCUGAUACUCUGGGUCAAGCAUGGAGAGACGUUAAUUCUCUUCUUGAGCUUCAAAAGCAGAUAUUAGAUCAUAAUGUACUUUUCAAAUGUCGGGCUGAAGAAUUUAAAGUAAAUGCCAAAGCACUUGAAAAAGCUUGUACUGAUACAUUGCUUCCCAUUGAGAUAGAAGUAGUUAAAAAAUUCCUCACAAGAAUUCACGAUUUAAGGAAAGCAAUGCUUAGUUCACUGAUGGGUGCUCUGCAAGAAGGUCGAACUCUGUUAGAUUGUCUCAGGGAAAUAGCCAACGAGGGUACACUAGAUUCACGACCAGAUAGAAUAAAAGCCGACGCUAAUAACGCUGUUCUUCAAGUUGAGAAGUGGUUGGAAGAAUUACAUGACCAAAGAACCCGCAUCGAGCUGUCUUUUACUAAUAGAAAGACUCAAUUAGAGCAGUGUCUAGCCUUAGCACUUCUUGCCACUGAUCUGCGGGACCUGGAAGAAAUAAUAAACGAUCGGAUGGCAGCUCUACGUGCCAGCAGUGAUCAACUGGGCGAUUCUUCAUCAAGUGCUGGACUUUUGUUGUUUGAAUUAAAAAAGUUACAGCUUGACGCUAAAGAACUGCAAGAACGUUCUUUGAAAAUAACUAAAUCAACAGAGAGAUUGGUAUCAGCAAAACACUUCGCAGGUGAACAGGCCACGGCACAGGCUUACGUGAUCCUCGAGACGGCGACGGAAUAUGUUAAUGAGUUAGAUCAGUAUGAAGGUUUACUAAAUCGAGCGAUAGCUUUCUUUGAAUCUGCACGAUCAGCAUUUACAAAAUUAGAUCAGCUAGAGAUUCAAUUAGCAACGACCGAACAUCCUCCACACUCUCCACAACUUGCUCGUUUUCACGCCCAAACCUCAGCAACGCUCACGGAAGUAACUUCUAGUCCGCUUGCAGAGGGUUAUUCUCUGCUGGAUGUUACGGGAAGAGGAGCGCCCGGUGCAGAGGGUGUUAAGCGAACCGUCGAAGAGUUGGAAAACCGGAAGAUACGUCUUCUUGAACGUUGCACCGCGCAUAAGGAAGAAAAUCUCAGGAUCACAAAGGGCCUGGAGAUCUUCUUUGAAAAAUAUGAAGAGUUGCGAUCCUGGCUCAAUGGUAUUGCCGAUGCAUUUUUACGCGGGCAUCAGGAUAUGGGAAGUGAUCUGCCGAUGGCUAAAGACUUUUAUAAAAUGCACUGUCAAUUGCUGGAGGACUUGGGUAAACGGGGAGACGAAAUUGAUGAAGCAUUGUCGGUUUUGUCAGGUACAAUCAUGGAAAUCACUGAUGAAAGACAACGAGUUGCGCAGAAGAAACAUGUUGAAGAUCGUGUUGAUGCCUUGAGAGACUCCUGGUUGGAUUGCAGGCACACUGUCGAAGCGAGACUUCAUCUCAGUGCUCUUUAUGUUGACUUCCAUGAAGCAGCAGCUGCUCUGGGCAAAGAACUUGACGAAGUUGAGAGCGAAUUCAAGAAGAAUUCAGACAAUGCCGAGGAAGGGAAAAUUGAUAGUUUGGAAAAACGGUGGAAUGAAUUGCGACCUCUGUACAUGAGACUGACUAGCUGCGGAUCAGUAUUUUUAACCGAAGCUGAUCGGUGCACUGAUGCGUACUUGGACAUCCUGCGUGCACGACUGUGCGUAGAGACGACCUUGGAACGCUUCGCUAACAGGCAACUAACCGUGACUGAAUCAUGGGAGAACUGGCAGACUUCGGUUAUUACAACAAGGGAGCGAAAAAUUGAACAAGAAAGACGAUUUGAAGAAACCACUAAAACAUUAGCAUGGGCAUCUAAGUUUGGCGAGCAGCUGUAUCCUAUCAUAACGUCCGAGUCUAUUAAACCGUCGGUUAUUCUUCAGGAUCUUGAGAGUACGCAGCUGGGUAUUCUUCCAGAACUUAAGAGGGCUGUUACUGAGUUAGACGCGAGGAUCAAGAGUGUUGAAAGUUUCACGAAUGGAGAUGAUAAUGUAAGCGAACGAAUAAAAGAAAAAUUAUCAAAAGUUUACGAGCAUCUUCGAACGACCGCAACUGAUUAUCAAAAUUUGUUAGAAUCACUGAUCUCCAUUUUCGAUGAUCUUGUCCAGAUUGAAAAUAAAACAGAAGAAGUAAAUGAAAUUCGUCAUGAUUUAGAAAAAUCAACGUCGGGAUUUUUAACAGAAUCAGGUCGAAAUGAUAUUCGAAUAAAAGCAGAAACAAUAAAUAAAAUACGUGACUCGAUAACGGAAGUACUUAAAAAUGUUGAACCAGCGAUUGAUCAAGUGAUAUCGAGAAUUAAAACUCAAGAGCCUGCAGAAGCUGCCGUGCAAGAAACAGAAAAAUUAAACAGAGUUUUUAAUUUAAUUUCUGCGAGCUGGGAAACCAUUUGUACGGAUACUAAAUUAAAAUUCGACAAACGUAUGCUUUUUUGUAAUUUUGCUGAUGACUUGGAUCGUAUUGACGCUGAUCUUAUGCAUUUAAGUGAACAAUUAGCUGGUAGUGCUGAGUCAGGACAUCGUUUUACUGGUGACUCCUUGCCAGCGGCUGAGGCUGCUUCUCUGGCUUUUUCACAGUUUGAAAAAACUGUCACGAUUUUAGAGGAGAGAAUAAAAGCAUUUAUAAAAUCAACCGAAAAUAAUGUUGAAUUAACAACACCAGAAUCAGCGCCGGUGAUUAAUCGUGAGCUUUUUAAACUUCAAGAGCGAUGGGAUCAAUUAAAACGAUUGUCCGAAGGCACAAGAGAACGAAUUAAUUCAAGUAUUGAGUACUUCAGGCUUCUUGAGGAGGCUAAAAAUUGGUAUCGAGACGGAAAUAAGCUGAUGAUUGUAAUAGCAAGAAAAUCAUCAUCAGCAAAGACCCCAGAAGAGGUACUGGAAUGCCUGACAGCGAUUGAUGGAUACUUGAAACCCGGCGAAGAACUUCAGGAGAAACGUAUUGAGAAAAUUCGUGAUUUAUCAACAAGAAUCUUUUGUACUGAUCGGCUACCGCAGUUCAACGAAGUUGUUGUAGAAAAUCGCGAGACCCUAGACUCGUUUGCAGUGAUAACAUCUGAAUUACGUACAUUAGCACAAAACUUGAAAAACUCAGCGGAUAUUUUCGAAGAGAAACGACGUGAAAAAAAACACGAAGAGGAGGAAUUGAGGAAAUUAAAUAUUGCUAGGGCAGAAGCACAGGCUGCUUACGAAGCAGAAAUCCAACGAAAAAAACUUGAAACCAUUAUGGAGGAUAAAAAGAAACAAGAACAUGCGUUAAAAAGUUCUGUAUCUGCACAAACCGAGGAAGAGCUAAAGGUAGUCGAAGAAACGGUAACCUCAGCAGUUACUACUAAAGAAAUAAUUAUUCUGCAAAAGACAGAAGUAGAGGAAGAUUUACCGGUUCUCAUGCCGUCGAUUCCAUCAGUUUACAAUCAAGUGAAAGAAUCCACUACAGAUAUUAAAAAAAAUCAAGUUGAAGAACUUGUUUUACCUGAUCCGCCUAGAUUUAUUGUGCCGCUGAAUGACUCGACCAUUGAGGAAGGCAACCGAUUUAUCUUUGAAUGCAAAUUGGAGCACGGAAAACCAAAGCCCGAAAUUAUCUGGUACAAAGACGGUAUCUCGAUCCUCAAUAAUCCGGAUUACUUGACGAGUUAUAAUGAAGAAACUGGUCAGUGUGUUUUAAAUAUCGAGGAAACGUUCGCCGAGGAUUCAGCGAGAUUUAUUUGCAAAGCUUUUAAUACCGCCGGAGUCGCUGAAACUGGAGCUACACUCACGAUAAAAGAGACCGCACCAGAGCAACAACUAAGUCCUCCUACCUUUGUGAAAGAGCUGCUGCCAUCAGUCGCCAAUAAAGGCUCUCCUCAUUUCUUGUCGUGUACAGUGACCGGUAAUCCUCUUCCGACAGUCCAGUGGUUCAAAGAUAAUACCAAUAUUGAAGAUUCUUCUCCCGAUUACGCGAUAACGUAUAAUAACGGCGAGGCUGUACUGAAGUUCACCGAAGUAUUACCGGAUGAUCGUGGUGUCUAUACAUGCAAAGCAACAAAUAAACUAGGACAGGCGUCUACUUCAGCAAACUUACAAGUACAGGCAGUCGAAAUAGAUGAAAAGAAAACAGUGGAAGUGAUUCAGUCAAAUGGAAUAUCCAGUUUAACUCCAGAACCCAGUGAAGAAAGUAAAGAAAUAAUUUCCAAGGUCAGUUUUAUAAAGGAGCAUAAAAUAAUUCAAGAGUCACGAAUAAUAAAAAUUGAAAGUCACACUGAAGAGAUGGGAGGGAGUGCUAGUCACAUUAUACCUGAUGCUUCUGCUCAGGAAAUAACAACCUCCGUUAAUCAGGAAGAAAUUGUUGUUCCUGUUAAGGUUGAAACCGGUGUAGUUAAGAGUCCGGAGAUGCCAGAGCUCUUUAAAGUGCCCGAGCUUAUUAAACCCAGUGUACAAUUACCGCUUAAAGAUGUACAAGUAUUUGAAGGUAAUACUGUGAGACUAGAUUGCGUGAUUAUCGGUCAGCCUGAACCUGAAGUAAUUUGGUAUCACGACGAUCAACCGGUUAAAGAAUCCGCUGAUUUCCAAUUGCUAUUUCAAGGUGACAGGUGCUCUCUAAUUAUUCAUGAAGCUUUUCUUGAUGACGCUGGUAAAUAUAAAGUCGUUGCUAUUAACAGUCAAGGUGAAAUUUCAAGCCACUGCGUUUUAUCAGUUAUACCAUCUUCGGAAGCUGCCAAAAAGUCCACAGUUGGUACUGCGCCCCAGUUCGUUAAAUUAAUAGCCGACGUUUUGGUAUCUGAAGGUGAAGAUGCGAUUUUCGAGUGUCAAGUAACCGGAGAACCUAAACCAGAUUUGAGAUGGUACUUCAACAAUGAAGAGAUAGUAUUUGUUCACGAAAGAAUAACAAUGACACACGAUGAAACGGGUAAUUGUACUCUGAAAAUAUCCUCGACUACCGUUGAAGAUAAAGGAAAUUAUGUAGCCAAAGCGAUAAAUCUUAUUGGUGAAGCUAAAGCGAUAGCCAGACUGGUAGUUAAACCAGCGAGUAAUGAAUCAUUCAAACGGGAAGAAUUGAUUCCGAUGGAAGAAAAAUUUGUCGCUCCGUCAUUUGAAGAAGUUUUUGAAGACAGACGUGUCGUUUUGCCGGGAGUUUCUACUAAAUUUGAGUGUAUUGUUCAUGGAAAGCCGACUCCAAAGAUCCAAUGGAUGUUCAACGAGAAACCUGUGCACGGAAAAAGUUUUUUAGUGUCUGUAAGUGGUGACAGACAAGUUCUAACGAUACCGGAAACAAGUCAAGAACACGUGGGCUUUAUCUCAUGUGUUGCUGAGAAUACUGCGGGCAAAGCGACAUGUACUACGCAACUCGACGUUAAAGGAGCUGAAGAGACACAAUUUACAACGGCCAAGGGGGUGGAGGACGUCAAAGUUAAUUUGUUACCUCUUGGGGACGAAAUGCAGGCUUCGAGCAGUACCGAAAAACACUUCAUCACCGAAAGAAGUACAUUACCCAGUGACCAAGUGGAUGAGAGCAGCCUCACCAAAAUGUCAUCCUCUUUCUCUCAGUCGUCAACGACUAAAUCCUGUUGUACUAAAGAAUUUAAAUCGUCAACGACGUCGUCUAGUGUAAUUACUGAGCCGCAGUUUAAACCAGCUCCGGGUAAUGUCGUUACCAAAUCUCAUGUUGAAAGCCGAGAGUACAGUUCUCAGCAGAAUGGAGGCCCGCCAGUUGUCCAGAGUCACAAAGUCGAAGAAUACGAGCAAAUUGUUCAAGAUACCCCAGGUCAACUGCGACAAGAAAAAACUAAAAUAGUAACAGAGGGUAAUGUUUCGCUGAAGAUGCAAAAGCCAAUGAGGAAAAAUGUCGCUCCCAGAUUUGUCUCACCGUUGACGGGAAUGAUUGUCGAUCAGGGGCAUGACGUUGUCCUUGAAGGAGUGAUUGAUGGUUUUCCAACGCCAACAAUCACUUGGAUGAAAAACGGCCAGGAUAUUAAAGAAGGAAUAAAGAUUACGUUUGAGCACAAUCAUGUACGACUUGAAUUAAAAAAUGUUAAUGUAAGAGAUGCUGGCAGAUAUACUUGUACAGCUGUUAAUGAUAUUGGAAAUGCCAGCAGUACAGCAGAUUUAGUUGUUAAAAAAACAAUUUUCCCGCCGGUCUUCGGAAAACGUCUCCAAGCACAGGUAGUAAAAAAAGGCGAUCGCGUAUUAAUGGAAGUUGAGAUAACAGGAACACCAGAGCCAACAGUCACGUGGUAUAAAGAUGACGAGCCUCUGAUAGAUGUUGAUGGACAACUGAAACAAAUUGGAAAUUGUUAUUUAUUGAUUAUUGAUGCAGCUGAAAAACGUCAUGCUGGCAAGUAUAUGGUUCAUGCAGUAAACGCUGGUGGUGAGGGACAAAGUAUAGCUGAUUUUGCAGUAUUUGAGCCAACUCCAGAUACUAUGGUAGAAGUUCAUAAAACAAUUGUCUAUGAAAAUGUUGCUGACAAAAAUUUAACGUUGGAAGAAAAGAAGAGCGAACUACCAUCAGCAGCACUAACAGCCGAGCAUAUAGCGACCACUACAAUACAGCCAAGUUCAACAUUAAAAACAUUGAACCCGAGCUCUGGGUCAACUCCAUCCUCGAAGAUACGUAAAAUAGAACUGAUAGGACAGAAAAAUGGUCAGCAUACUGAAGAAGUCAUUGAGAAAGCAACGCGAUCUGAAAUGAUAUCAUCGACGAUAGAAUCUCACCAAAGUGAGACAAAAUCUGAGCAAAAGUUCCACAUGAAGCUUCAACACCAAGCGCCGGCUUUGUUUGAUACUGAUACUCCUAUAGGACCUGCUGCUCCUACAGUGACGACUACGACCACGAAAAUCAGUACCAAGGAAACUCAGAAAGGUGGAGAGCCUAUUUCAACUCGCACUACAGAGUUCAUGGAGUCAAAGACAACUGAAAAGGAUCUUGCUGAAGAGAAUGAGAAUGUAGAGACGACGACGAUUGCCAAGAAAGAUGCAUUGAGUUUCUUUGAAUCGAUGUCCAAAGACAGCGAAUUGACACCGAAAGGCCCCAAAGCCAUGAUUAAGCUCACGGAAGAAGACAAAGAUGGAAACUAUGACGUCAAGGUGGACAAACUAACGAAAAAUUACGAACGAUCGACUAAAUUUGAAGAGGUUAAAAAACCAGUUCCUGAAGCCCCUGCUAAGAAAUCUGUUCAGGAUAUUUCUCAUAAAUUUGAAACUCCAAUAAUAACUAAAGGUGUCGAUAAUGUCAUGAUUGAUUUUCCCUACGACGAUUAUAAAUUGCCGGCUCUUAAUAUUCAGAGAACUGUUCUUGAAGACACAACAGCAUCAGGUUCUCCUAUUCAUGGUACGCUAACUAUUUCCCGGCUUGUUGCUCAGUCUGAGAGCGCUGAAAAAAUGUUAUCAGGUUUUAAUCUCGUGCCAGAGCCUCCGCCAGAAAUUGGCUACAUGCCAAAGUCCGAGGAAGAAGUUAAAAAAGGAAUAGAUGUAUCAUCAAAAGCAAAACAACUUCAGGAAUUCCAGAAAAAAUCCGUUGAUGCUCCGAUUGGUGGCGUUAAAAUUUUCCCAAGUGCUCCACCAGUUAAAUCUCAAGUUUCUCAAGUUAAAGAAACUAAACCGACGACUUGUAUUCCGCCGCCAUUUCAACUCAGUGAGUCGAAAGAAUUUUCUAAAAAAGAAGUUGUCGAAGAGUGUUGUAUUAAAAAAGAUAUACAUAGAAAAGAAGAUACAAAAGUGUCGACAGCCAGCCCAGCGCCUUUGUCGCCGCCAAAAACUGAGCAAACAGACAAGUGGUGGUCAUCAACGUCUGACUUGGAGACACGUUCUCAUAUAUCAACAGAUUUAUCAGACUACCGGUGUCAAUCCGGUGCUUCUAGUCAGUUUGAAGGUCGUCCGUCAUCGCCAAAACCAUCAGCAGACGGCAUUGCAAUGGAGAAAUACUGGGCUAAAUCAAAGACCACUGAAGCUAAUAGAAAAUCUUGGCCGCCGCAAGCUGGUAAAGAGACGACUAAAACUUUUACUAAACGUGAGGAAUGGAAAGAACCUGAGGUUGGUUACAAAACUUCUACGCAUGAGAAUAGGGACGAAGUUGAAGAGAUUCCUGGCGGUGGAAUCACUAAAACUCAUAUUGAGUCUACUAGCAGUUUGGAAACUCGAUCAUGGAGUACACGUGAGAAUCAAAUACAGCAGACGACUAUUGAAAAACCUACUCCGCCACCUCCGAAGCCUAUUAUUAAACCAGUUAGAGUUCCUUCACCUCCAAAACCGGCACCAGCACCAGCACCAGUGACAAUGUACAAAGCUGAAACAACUAAAGUUGAUCAUAUUGUAAAUUCCGUUCAAGAGAAAUCUAUCAUGGAAAAAUAUUCAUCUGAGUGUGAGUUUAAUAAGACAGAGUCAAUGGAAAAAAUAAGUUCUUAUGAAGAAUUAAAAGCGCCAGGAUUAGUUAAAGCUAUUCCACCAAAACCAGUCGUUCAACUUUAUCAUCCUGCUGGAGAUGUUCCAAAAAUAGAGCCGAUCAAAACGUUCCAAGAGUCAAAGUCGAUGUUCAAAGGUACUUUGGCUACAGCUCCAAAACGUCCGGUUGUUCAGCUUUAUCAUCCGACAACAGAGACACCAAAAGAGCCGACAAUUAUUCUAGAACCAGGUCCACCACCAGAGAUGGGUUAUGCUCCACCGCCUCCAAUGUGCGAGAGAAAAAUGGAACGCUUUGAAAAAACAAUGGAAAUGUCAGUUCACUCACACAAGAAAGAAGAUGCGCCUCCGAUUCCUCCAAAAGAUGCGAGAAAAACUCCACCGCCUCUUCCAGCUAAAAAAGUCGAGCCAUUCACCUGUCCUCGAAUGUGUACUGCGCCAGCACCUUCUACUUUUGCCAGAGGUCAAUUUAUUGAGUCGGACUACGAAUCCGACUUCGAAUCAUGUAAAUCUAAAUGGCGAGUUUGCGAAAGUGAAAACGAUGAGCCUAAAUAUAGAAGAGUCCAAGCUCCAACACCAAGACAACCCAGGCCUAGAUCAACUGAGCCCGAACCAUUGCCUCCGUCUAGCUUUGAAAUACCACCUCCGGAAUUAACUGGGCCACCUAGACCUUGUGUCACUCCUGAUUACUCAGCAGAACACUCAGCAUCGACUACCAACAAAAAAACCAGCUCCAUGAUGACCAGACACGAGAGAAGUGCUAAGCAACAGCAGCAUUACCAAAAUCAAGGUUUCCCUCAGGACACUGCUGUCAAUCUUCCUAAGCCAGGAUCUCCACCGAUUUUUGUCCACCCAAAAACUACUCCCGAGCCUCCGAAAGUAAAGACCAGAACUUUCCAGCAGGAGAGCGGGUACAUGGCUGAUACUGAUGAACCAUUUUAUCAACGAGAAGCAAAUACUGUUAUUCAAAAAACUUGCGGUAAAAACGACGGCUCUUCAAUGUCAACAAGUUCUUACGAAUCAAAACAAUUUAUGGAGAGCAAAACUUUCAUGAGCUCGUCUUCAAACCAACGGAGAGAAGAAUCAUCUUCUUCAUUUAUAUCUUGUCCUACUGUUCAAACUCCAGCUUCUAAAACACAAAUGCAACGAAGUUGCUACGAAAAAUCUUACAUGUCUUCUGCACCAACGAACACUACUAGAUCGUUUAAAAAUGACAAGGAAGAAACAAAUUAUUCCUGGUCACAAAAUCAAAAAUUAAACUCAGCUCCUAGUCCAUCCAGAUUCGCACGCGGCGAAUUUAGAGAAAGUGACUACGAGAGUGAUUAUGAAGGACGUAUUCCACCGCUAUGGAAACCCCGCGGUGAAUCAGAUAUCGAGGAUCAUUCAUAUAAAUCCGUUAAAUCAAAUUUUACAGGAAAACCGAUGAAACCGCAACCCGAAGUCGCGGUACCGCAGUCAUCGUGUAUGGCGAAGAAGAUGGAGUUUGAAAAAAUGGAGAGAGAAAAUAGUUGUGCUAAAAAAGAAGAUAAAAAGACACAAGUGUCACCGCCAAAGCCAAUCCCGAUGCGUCAAAAAUCUGUUUUACUGCCGGGAUCUCCACCUGAGAUAGGCUUUGAACCACCACGGCCUCAGUCAUUUUACGAGGGACAUUCUGGAGUCCCGUCUUACCACAACUCUGGAACUGUUGGUACUGAGUUGAAAAAGACUGUGAGGAUGGACGAGUCGACUGAGACUAGUCGGAGAAUUGUUACCGUCGAGCAAACAAGUCGAGUUAUUAAAUUCGGUGAUGAUCAGAAUUUUAAUCAUCAGCAACACCAUCAACAUCAGCAACAGUAUCAGCAGCAUCAUCCUGCAUCAGUUUUCAGAGUGCCAACACCUAAGAAAUUUAUUCAAGGUCACUUCAGAGAAUCAGAUUACGAGAGUGACGCAGACAUUGGAAGAAUAAGACCUAAAUGGACACCAGCUGAAAGUGAUACUGAUGAUCCGCAGUAUCGUAAAGUCCAGCCACCGAGAGCAUCAAGUCUCCCCCCGCCUCGUGAACCCGGUGAGAGAGUUGUCACUCCGAUGGAAUUUGAUCACCCGCCUGUGAUAAUUUCGGAGUCGCAAACAUACGAGGAGCAUUUACGUCAGCUUCAACGGGAGAGUGAGAAAUUGAAACGGGAGAACCGUAAGAGCUACGACUGCUCUACAUUGCCUUUUGAUAACAAAAAACAAGAAAGCAAAAAGAUAAUUGAUAAUCUCACUGAUUUCGCGGCACCACAAUACGGAUAUAUUAAUAAUCGUGACAUGAAGAAUGCUGCUAAUCACGUAGCUUCGAAGCACAUGACGGACAUGACAAGCAGCUUCAAGGCUAAAACCGAAAAAUUCGUCAAAGACAUCCAGUCUGAUCUCAAGCACCAGAGUAAGCCGAUUCUCAAACACCCGCAGGAUAAGCAACACCAUCAGGAUACUGAUGAUUCUCAAGCUUAUCGGGAAGAAAAACGGAUGUCACAAUAUGGAACGAAACACAUCGAUCCGGACACCGGAUUGAUCUACUUCAAGUACGACUUUGGCUACGAGUUUGGUAUCGUACUGCCGGGUGAAAGCAAGAAGACCAUUGCCAGUAGCAAUAAAACAAUCCAAGGUCAACGACGUCCCAGUGAUAUUGACGUACCGAUUUCCCACGAGUUUACAACAACAAAUCGCCAGGAGAAUGGGUUCACUCGCACGCCUUGGCAGUCCAAUAACAAUCACCAGCAAAAAAAUUACACCCCAAGUAAAUUUACCAGCGGGCCCAAGACUGUCAAGUGGGAACCGACAUCUGAGAGCGAAUUCUCCGAAGCUGAGGACUCUAUUCGACGAAAAAAACGUGGAGUUAUCCCUCCACCGCCGAGUUUGUUGAUACCACAGAGUCCCAGCUCGCCUAGAUGGGAUCCAACAACACCGUCGCCGAUGUCGCUCAGCCCCAGCCUUCCGAGCUUCUCUCCUAGACACUCGAGCGCUACUACAGGACCACCAAGCAACGUUGACUCCUUCGCAGAAUCACCCUGGCCUAGUACCAACGGAGUCUCGGGUCCAAAAGAAAUUAUACAGCCUUAUUUAGAUAUUUUACCAAAGAAAGCUCCACUUUUUAUUACGCCACUGCGAGAUAUCGCUGUCGUAAGCGGCCAGACAGCAAGAUUUGAGUGCAUCGUUCAAGCAGAACCGCAGCCCAAUAUCCUAUGGUCCAAAGACGGAAGAAUCGUCGAGAACUCAGUUAACUAUGAAGUUUAUUACAGGAACGGAGUUUGUCGUCUUGUUAUACCCAGUGCCUGUCCAUCUGACGCUGGCACGUACGUUUGUACUGCAACAAACAGUCUCGGUUCAACGGCAACAUCAUCAUCACUCCAAGUCCCAGAAAUAUGUAUGAAUCAUCGGUGGAAUCGAGACUCAACUGAGACAUCAUCGGACGGUUCUAAAUAUGUCACUUUGAGUAAUAUUUUCACGUCAAUAGGAAACUCAUUAAAUAUUUUACGAAAUUAUGAGGCUAAUUUUUUAAAAAUAGAAGAAGCUAAAAAUAAUAGAUUUAAUGAUAAGGACCGUAGUUACGGAAGUGAAAUUCAAGAAUCGUACGAGCAAGAAGACAUUGAUAGUGAAGAUACAUCGCAAAGUAAUUACGACGAGAUAACAAGACGUUUAGAAGCAUACAGCGACGUUGAUUACAGUUAUCCAGAGUUUUAUUCGACAAAUAAAAUUACAUAUGAAAGUUUCAGUAGUCCAGAAUUUUUCCGUCACUUUAAAUUACCAGUGCAAGGGGAGUUGGUAAUGACAACAUCACCAGCACCAGUAUUUACUGGAAGACCCGGAGAUCCCUCACCGCCGAUAUUUGAGCAGAUAUUUAAAAAUGCAAGGUUCGCGCAAGGUGGUAACGCUAUUUUUGAUGGAAGAGUACGCGGAAAUCCGAAACCUAGUGUUUCAUGGACACAUAAAGGUGCUCCAUUAAGAGAAUCACAGAAAAUUAGAAUGUCGUAUGAUGAAAAUACUGGAAAUGUUACAUUACAAAUAAAUCAAAUCGGUCCUGGUGAUGAAGGAGAAUAUACUUGCAAUGCGCGAAAUCAAUACGGUGAAGCUAUUUGCUCGGUAUACAUUCAACCUGAAGGCUUUGGUCCACCACCAAAACAAGGAUACAAAGAUUACCAGCAACGUUACUCGCAGACUAUUGAUAAACGUUAUGUCAAUGGUUCAACAACCACGACAAUUACCACCGAAGAAUUUAAAGUCGAUACAUUUGAGUACAGAUUGUUGCGCGAAACUGAAUUCCGUGAGUCUGUGACACGUCGCUACGUCGGUGAAGCAGAUUCUCAAGUAUCAACAACGUUAGAUCGUAGCUUAGGUCCGGUUGCGCCUCCACAAAUAAGCCAGAAGCCGAGAAAUUCAAAACUUGUUGAGGGUUCUGAUGCUGUUUUUACUGCUAAAAUAUCUGGCAAUCCCAAAUCCAGGACAACGUGGUUUAAAGAUGGGCAAAGAGUCCGCGACUCUCAGCGUAUAGAAACAGUUCAUUCAAAUCAACAAGCAACUUUGCGUAUCAAAGGAACGAAUCAAGAUGACAGCGGACACUACACACUAUUAGCAGAAAAUCCACAAGGGUGUACAGUGUCAUCUGCUUACUUAGCAAUUGAACAAGUUGAUCAAGUAGAUCAUGCACAGCCCCAGUAUACUCAAAGAGAAGUAAUAAAAACUGUCGAGACAGUGGAAACAACUCCAGAAGCCAGUAAAGCCCUGCCGCCAAAUUUCGUUCGCACUUGCGCAGAUCGUGAAGUAACAGAGGGUAAAAUGACAAGGUUUGAUUGUCGUGUUACUGGACGUCCUUAUCCAGAAGUAACAUGGUACAUCAAUGGUUACCCAGUUGUCAAUGAUGCAACACACAAAAUUCUUGUUAACGAAAGCGGUAAUAAUUCAUUGAUGAUUACCAAUGUGACACGCUCUGAUGCUGGUAUUGUUACGUGUGUUGCUAAGAAUAAAGCCGGUGAGACCUCAUUUCAGUGUAAUCUUAAUGUCAUUGAGAAGGAACAAGUGGUAGCCCCGAAGUUUGUCGAAAGAUUCACCACGACUAAUGUCAAAGAAGGAGAGCCGGUUGUUUUUAAUGCUCGAGCUGUCGGUACACCGAUACCACGCAUAUCCUGGCAAAAGGAUGGCGUGCCGCUAGCGCCUGGACCUGACGUCCGCAUUACAGCAGACGGCAGUGGAGCAUCAACAUUAGAUAUCCCCUACGCAAAAUACACUGAUGCAGCUUGGUACCAAUGUACUGCUCAGAAUAUCGCUGGAUCUACAGCGACUCGUGCCCGGCUCUUUGUUGAAACACCUAAAGGAGCGACCCCUGAACCAAGACGCCUGAAUUUACCCCGACCGACUAAAGUCAUCGAACCAGAACCUGCGCCUGGUCCUGAAGUGAUUUAUCUGAGACACGUGGAACGUGCUAAGCCUUACUUACCUCCCGCUGAGGAAGACAGGAUUUAUCCACCUCCGAGAUUUAUCGUUCCACUACGAGAUGUUCACCAAAUCGAGGGUGGACGCAUACACUUCGAGGCCAGAAUCGAACCGGUGGGCGACCCAACUAUGAGGGUCGAGUGGUACGUCAAUGGAAGAGUCUUAGAAGCUAGUUCUCGAGCAACUUCACUCUUCCGUUUUGGUUUUAUCUCUCUGGACUUGAUCAGCGUUGUACUUCAUGACAGCGGUGAAUAUGUUUGCCGUGUUGUCAGUUCAACUGGAGUCGCUGAAUCUCGCGCUGUCCUCAGUGUUACACCACGUGCAACAAUUGAACAAACAAGUCAACAUCCAGACAGCCUACGAUAUAUACAACAGCUUGAGGAUUACUCAAAAUACCAAAGACAAGAGAGCAUUGAAGAUCAAUCAUCCCAACGUCCGGUCUUCAUUCGUCCACUUCAGGAGCUUGGUGAGCUUCAAGAGGGCCGUAAUGCUCAUUUUGAAGCUCAACUUACUCCUGUCAGUGACCCCACUAUGAAAGUUGAGUGGUAUAAAGAUGGAAGACCAAUCACAGCCAGUUCAAGAAUUACGACAAUCUUCAACUUCGGAUACGUCUCGCUUAAUAUAAUGCACCUACGGGCUGAAGAUGCCGGUUCUUAUACUGUCAGAGCUGUGAAUCGUAUGGGAGAAGCAAUAAGCACUGCGACUCUUCGUGUCUUUGCACGCACUAGCGUAACAGCAGACCUUGGAAUUCCUGAACAGCAAAAGUAUAUUGAGGCUGCUGAAGAAUUGGAGGCAUAUCAACAAGCUAUGCAUCAAAAGUAUGUUAGAGAAGAGCCAGAACCAACGAGCCCACCGGAAUUUAAAUCACCAAUUAAAGAUCAGAUAAACAUUCGCGAAGGUGGUUUCGCUCACUUUGAGGCACGCUUAGAGCCUGUGGGUGAUUCUGAUCUUCGUGUUGAAUGGCUCAAGGAUGGACGCCCUGUUGAAGCUAGUUCAAGAAUCACAACUUUCUUCAACUUUGGGUACGUCGCCUUAACCCUGAAAUACGUGACAAUUCACGACGUCGGUAUUUAUACUUGUCGUGCAUACAACAGCGUCGGCGAAGCCCAAACAAUGGCUCAGAUGAGUGUAAUCAGUAAGAACGACAUUAUUUACGACAGCCAACAUCCACAAGGUCUUCAAAAGAUCCAGAGUCUUGAGGAUUCAAGUCGUUAUCAACGGCAGAUAUCGGAACAAACCCAGGUAACGCAGAAGCCUCGGUUCCUGGGACCGUUGAAGGGAACCAACAAGAUCGUUGAGGGACAGAGGGCUCACUUUGAAGCCCGAGUUGAACCACAGAGUGAUUUGUCGAUGGUAAUUGAGUGGUAUCACAAUGGAAAGCCUAUCACCGCUGCUAAUAGAAUCCAAACUUACCAUGACUUUGGCUACGUCUCAAUUGACAUUCUUCAAGUUCGCUCUGAAGACGCUGGUACUUACACUGUUAUCGCUAGAAAUGCACUCGGGGAAGCUCGUCUCCAAGCUACUAUGGUCGUUGAAACUCGCUCUGGCAUUGAUACCACCAGCAUGCAUCGCGGAGCUUACGAAAAGACUCAGCGUCUUGAAGAAUCUAGAUUCGUUGAGCCGCAAUAUCAUAUUGAAGAGAUCUCCAAGUCUAAACCGAUCUUUGUUCAGCCACUGAGUGACCCUAAACCUGUCAGUGAAGGCAAAAAUAUUCAUCUAGAAUGUCGUUUGGAACCUAUGGGAGAUCCUACUAUGCGUGUCGAGUGGUUCCAAAAUGGCCGCCCCGUUACUGUUGGUUCUAGAUUUAAAACUUACUAUGACUUUGGAUUUGUUGCUCUGGAUAUCGUCCACACAACUGUGCUGGACUCUGGAGAAUACACUGUCAGAGCUACUAAUCAUCUUGGAUCUGCUCACACUUCUGCAUGCGUCAGAGUAAUUGGUAGAUCUGACGUCGUCACUGAAUCUCAAAACGAACAGUCUCUUGAGCAAAUUCAAAUGCUGGAAGAUUCGUCUAAAUACAGAAGACAUAUACAAGAAGACGUUACUGUAGUCCAGGCUCCGCAAUUUACUCGGCCACUACACAACAUCGAGACCGUUGAAUUGACUAACGUCCAUCUUGAAUGUCGCUUACAACCCGUUGGAGACGCGACCAUGAGAGUCGAGUGGUUCGUCAACGGAUUACCUGUCACUACUGGCCAUCGCUUCAGACCUUCUUACGAAUUUGAUUAUGUAGCCCUAGAUAUUCUUGGUGUCUACCCAGAAGACUCGGGUGUUUACACAUGCCAGGCACGUAAUCAACUCGGAGAAGCAGUAACUUCUGGAUCUGUUCGCGUUCACGCUAAAAAAGAUUUGAUACUCGAGUCUCAACAUCCUGAAGGAUUGGAACGAAUUCAAUAUCUCGAAGAUGCUUCGCGUUAUAAAAGAAAGGAACUCAUUGAUGAAGUUGUUAAUGUAAAACCUAAAUUUGUAACUACUCCGAAAAAUCAAGAGAACCUUCUUGAAGGACAAUAUGCGCACUUCGAGUGCAAGCUCGAGCCUGUAACAGACUCAAACUUGAAGGUGGAGUGGUUCAAAAAUGGACGUCCGGUCACAAUAGGACACCGUUUCCGUCCCAUUCAUGACUUCGGUUACGUUGCACUCGAUGUGACCGAUCUGAUUGUCGAAGACUCCGGUAAAUACACCUGUCGCGCAGUAAAUUUAGUCGGCAGUGACGAAGUCAGCUGUAUUUUAAGCUGUCGUUCAACAGCUCAAGUCCUCACCAACACUCAAAAUGAAACGGGUCUUGAGCAAAUCCACUAUCUAGAAGACCGGAACAAACAUCGCCGACGCGAAGUAAUUGAAGAAACAACAACCCAAGCUCCAAUCUUCACUACAUCUUUGAAGAGUGUCGAAAUAAAAGAAGGCCAACGCGCGCACUUUGACUGCCGUUUGAUUCCCGUUUCCGAUUCGACCAUGAAAGUCGAGUGGUUCCACAACAACAUACCAGUUAAAGCUGGCUCGCGUUUCGUCGAGACCAAUAGUUUCGGUUUCGUCGCACUGGACAUCAUGUACGCGUACCCAGAAGACGCUGGUACUUACACUUGUCGCGCUAAAAAUGCCAUCGGCGAAGCAAUCACUUCAGCAACAGCUGUCGUACACUCAAAGAAAUCAAUCUACAUGGAGUCCCAACGCGAAGAAGUCUUGCAACGUCUGCACCAACUUGAAGACCAUUCAAGAUACCAACGCAAGCAGGCGCAAGAAGAAACUGUAUCUCAGGCUCCAGUCUUCACUAUGCCAAUCAAAGAUCUUCGUGUUGCUGAGAAUCAAGCGGCUCACUUUGAAGCCCGAGUUAUUCCCGUCGGAGAUGCUCAUCUCAAAGUUGAGUGGCUUCGGAAUGGUGUUCCUAUCGAAGCUUCUAAUCGCGUAACAACAAUGCACGACUUUGGAUACGUCGCUCUCAAUAUGAAAUAUGUCAACCCAGAGGACUCUGGUACUUACACCUGCAGAGCUAUUAACGAUCUAGGUGAAGCAGUGACAUCUGCAACACUAUUCGUUCAAUCCAAAGCAGCUCUGCAGCUUGAGUCGCAACACGAGACCGCAUUGACAAAGAUCCAGGCUCUGGAAGACUCAAGCAGAUAUCAACGUCGCGAGGAAGAAGAAGUUCUCGUUAAAGAAAAACCCCGUUUCACAGUUAAACUGAACGGUCCAACGAGUUUAGUUGAAGGGCAAAGCGCACACUAUGAGUGCCGUAUUGAACCCUAUCCCGAUGCUACCAUGAAAGUCGAGUGGUUCCAUAAUGGGCAGCCACUUUCCACAGGACACAGAUACAGAACAACAUGUGACUUUGGAUUCGCGGCUUUAGACGUUUUGACUGUCUAUGCUGAAGAUUCCGGCACGUACACUUGCAAAGCCACCAAUAGACUUGGCUCGGCUCAGAGCUCUAUUGAGCUUUCUGUUAAAUCUCGAGCUUCCAUCAUAAAUGAGACUCAGCACGAAAGCGCUUUGAAGAAGAUUCAGUACUUGGAAGAUGACUCCCGAUUCAAGCGAAUUGAGCGCGACGAGUCAUUUGUCGCAGAGAAACCCAAAUUCGGAAGACCUUUGAAGAACAUCGAACACUUGCCUGAGGGCAAGAGUGCUCAUUUAGAAGCGACACUGACUCCAGUCAACGAUCCUACCAUGGUCGUAGAGUGGUACAGAGAUGGAAAUCCAAUUCCACAGGGUCAUAAAUUCAAAACAACUUACGACUUUGGUUACGUCGCUCUGGAUAUUCUUUAUGCUUAUCCUGAAGACUCUGGUACUUACAUGUGUAAAGCUAAGAAUGCCGUUGGAGAAGCUGUUACCACUUGUGUCAUCAGUGUUGAUUCUAAACAAGGUUUGUAUCUGGAAACUCUGGAUGCUCAGCGUCUAGAACAGAUCCGUAAGUUGGAGACAGUUGAAGUAAAAGAAGUUGCUGAGAAAGAAGUUGUCUAUCAGAAGCCGGUGUUCCUGACUGCGUUGAGCAACUUGGAUCAUCUUAAAGAAGCAGAACACGCUCAUCUUGAAUGCAGAGUUGAGCCUAUCAACGAUCCGAACCUCAAGAUCGAGUGGUUCGUCAAUGGUAAAGCAGUUAGAACUGGGCAUCGUUUCCGUACGACUCAUGACUUUGGUUACGUCGCAUUGGACAUUCUCUACGCUUACUCCGAGGACUCUGGUACCUACAUGUGUAAAGCAACGAAUCUCGCUGGAGAAGCUGUCAAUACUUGUACAAUCCGUGUUGGCUCACGUCGUAGCAUUCUCUUUGACACUCAGCAUCCAGAUGGAUUGGAAAAGAUCCGUGAACUUGAAGCUCAAGGACAUCCAGCUCGACUUGAAGUCGAAGAGCCGCCAGUAUUCCCACCGCGAUUUGUUACAGAGUUACGCGGUACCACGGAAAUUUAUGAAGGACAGACAGCACACUUUGAGUGUCAAGUAGAGCCUCUGCAUGACGCAAAUCUCCGAAUUGAAUUCUAUCACAAUGGCAAGCCAUUACCAUCAGCUUCGCGUUUCCAUGUGACCUUUGACUUUGGUUAUGUCGCAUUGGACAUCACUCAUGGAGUACCAGAAGAUGCUGGUGAGUAUUCUGUCAAAGCUAUCAACGCUCUUGGUCAAUGUACUUCUACCAUCAAUUUGAAAGUCAUUCCACGCGAGAGUAUUAUCAUGGAUACACAACGUCCAGAAGGAUUGGACAAGAUCCGUGAGUUGGAGUCUGCUCAACCAUGGAAACGUCCUGAAGUAUCUGAACCUGUAACUAGACAACGUCCAGUAUUCACUCAACCGCUUCAAAACAUCGACGCUAUACCUGAAGGAGAAACUGCACACUUUGAAUGUCGUCUCAUCCCAGUUGGUGAUCCAACACUGAAGGUAGAAUGGUUCAGAAAUGAAAAACCACUUGGAGAUAGUUCUCGAAUUACUAAAGUCCACGACUUUGGAUACGUAUCAUUGGACAUAAAACAUGUUCGCGAUGAAGAUGACGGCGUGUACAUGUGCCGAGCUUCUAACCCACUUGGAGAAGCUGUCACCACUGCAUCAAUGAAAAUAAAAACUAAAGCAAGUAUCCAAUUGGAAAGCCAACAUCCUGAAGCUCAAAAACGGAUUGCCCAGUUGGAGGCCGAUAAACCUGGACGUGCUGAUGAACCAGACAAAGUCUUCGACAAACCGAUAUUUACACAACUUCUUACAGGACCCAACGAACUCUGGGAAGGCCAAGUCGCUCGCUACGAAUGCCGAGUUGUACCAGUCGGCGAUCCGAGCUUAAGAUUCGAGUGGUACAUGAAUGGCGUAGAACUUAAAAUGGGUUCUCGCUAUCACGUCAGCCACGAUUUUGGUUUUGUUACCCUAGACAUUUUGAAAGUUAUUUCCGAAGACUCGGGUGUGUAUUCAUGCAAAGCUAUCAACAACGCUGGUGAAGCUGUGUCAUCAAUUUCACUGAAGGUUAAAGCACGCUCAGCUAUUGAAAAGGAUGCCAUUCAACCUGAUGCUUGGCAGAAAAUCCAAUUGAAAGAAGCUGAAAUGAAUAAAGUACCAGAGAUGUUUGUAGAUACUACACCUCAACAAGCACCAGUAUUUACUACACACUUGAAGAGCUAUGACAAGCUUCAAGAAGGUCAGCAUGUUUACUUAGAAGCUCAAGUUGAACCUCGAGCUGAUCCAAACUUACGCACCGAGUGGUUCAAGAAUGGAGUACCACUUCAAACUGGUACUAGACUACGCAGCACCUUUGACUUUGGUCUCGUAACUCUUUCAAUCAACGGUCUCAGAGCUGAUGACUCUGCUCUGUACACUUGCAGAGCCACAAACCUUCUUGGUGAAGCUGUAUCCACUUGCAGCUUGAAGAUCGACGACCGCCACUGGCUUUUAGGAGAUACUCUUCAUCCUGACGCUCUUUCGAAGAUUGAUGCGCUCGAACAACCAAUGGCUCCGACUCCAGAACGUCCAGAGCCUACGUACGAAGAGCCAGUGUUCAUCACUCACUUGAACAACGUAGAGUGUACUGAAGGAGACAACGUUCACUUUGAGUGCAAUGUCGAGCCUUCCAAAGACCCAACAAUGAAGAUCGAGUGGUUCUUAAAUGGCAAAGCAUUGCCGACUGGUGCCAGAUACAAGACUAUCUAUGACUUUGGCUACGUCGCCAUGGACUUAGUCCACGCUUACGAAGAAGACUCUGGAAUGAUUACGGUCAAAGCUACGAACUCUAAAGGAUCAGCUCAGACAAGUGGAACAUUAAAAUGCACGAGCAAACAGAAUAUUUACCUUCAAACUCAACAUCCUCAGGGACCAGCUGGUCUUGAAAAAGUCCAAGAAGUUGACGAAGCCUUCCAAUCAAAGUCCAAGAGACCUGACGAUGCUCCUGAGCCGCAAUAUCCCAAACCGAUUUGGACGGUACCUCUUCAGCCCGAGUUUAAACUCGGAGAGGCUGAACCUCUUCAUCUAGAAGGCCAAGUUGAGCCUAAAGACGAUCCUAAUUUGAAAAUUGAGUGGUACUUCAAUGGCAAAGCUUUGGAGCACGGUUCUCGGUUCAAGAUGACCAGCGACUUUGGUUUCGUUACUUUAGAUCUCACUGAUGUCUAUGAUCGAGACUCGGGAAUUUACAGUUGCAAAGCUUACAACAAAGCUGGAGAAGCUUUCACAGCAACAACCAUUUACUGCUCGACCAAGGAAAAUAUCAUUGAGCGGUCUCAGCAUCCUAAAGGAAAAGAAGGAUUAGAAGCAAUCCAAGAUCUUGAAGAGUCUUUGAAGAGACCCGAUGGAAAACCAGCAGAAGCUGAAGAAGGUCAUCCUCCAGUAUUUACAUCACAGUUUGAGACCUUGACCAAUUUAUCUGAAGGAGAGAUUGCUCAUUUCGAAGCUUCACUGACACCAACAGGUGACCAGACAAUGGUAGUCGAGUGGUUCUACAACGGAAAAGCUCUAGAAGCAAGCCAUAGAAUUAGAACCGUCUAUGCCUUUGGUAUGGUCGUUCUCGAAGUUCUUGGUACAAAGAUCGAAGACUCUGGAACUUAUUCCUGCAGAGCAACGAACAAAUGGGGACAAGCUGAGAUUUCUGUGAAUCUAGAAUGCGUUGACAAGUCCAAAGGACAGAAACCCAAGUUUACAACUCACAUUCAGUCGUUGGAGGGCUUGAAAGAUGGCCAGUCAGUACACUUUGAAUGUACCCUGAUUCCUGUAGGUGAUCCUAACAUGAAGGUCGAGUGGUUCCACAAUGGACAGCCAUUGAGACACUCAUCACGUUUCAAGAUGGUUUCGGACUUUGGAUUUGUCGUGAUGGACAUAGCUGGAGUGAUGUCUCAUGACAGCGGAGAGUAUGUAUGCAGAGCUAGUAACAAGUUCGGUGAAGAUUUUACCAAAGCAACCAUCAAGUGUUUCGGAAAGAGCGGAGUUUAUCUUGACUCUCUUCAACCCGACUCAUUGGCGAGAAUCCGUGAGCUUGAAGCUUACGGAGGUGACCAGCCAGCUGCUCCAUCAACUCCAGUAGCAGAGCCACCGAAAUUCAUCACUCAAAUUACAGACAUCACUAAACUCGUCGAAGGACAAUCAGCUCACUUCGAAGCACGACUUACUCCGGUCACUGAUCCAGACCUCAAGGUUGAGUGGUACUACAACGGCAAGAAACUUCCUCAUGGUCAUCGUUACAGAACUUUCCAUGACUUUGGUAUUGUAAUCUUGGACAUUCUUUACUGCUAUGAAGAAAACUCUGGUGUCUAUGAAUGCCGAGCUGUCAACAAAUACGGAGAGGACUCAACAAAAGCCACUCUCAAGUGCAUGUCCAAAGCUAGUCUUAUUUUAGAGUCUCAGUUACCAAAGGGCAUGGAGAAAGGUCUUGAGAAAAUUCAAACUCUCGAAGACUCGAUGAUUAAAACGAAGGAUGAAAAGAUCACUGAAGAACGUGGCAAAGCUCCAGUAUUUACUGUUCCUCUUAGUAACAUCGAUGGACUUCGCGAAGGCGAGAGUGCUCACUUCGAAGCACGUUUAACGCCGACAGAUGAUCCUAGACUGAAAGUCGAGUGGUUCUGGAACGGAAAACCACUUAAAACUGGUUCACGUUUCCGUACGUUCUGCGACUUUGGCUUUGUCAUCUUGGAAAUUUCGCCUAUUUAUCCUGAAGACUCUGGAGAAUACAGCUGCCGUGCUACCAAUGAUUACGGAGAGGCAGUGACCAGUUGCACAAUGAAGUGCACUGGAAAACGAAGCAUCAUCUUGGAAUCCCAACUACCCAAGGGCAUGGAAAGUACCAUCGAUAAGAUUGCUGAACUAGAAGGUCUUGGAGGUGAACCAGGUCAAGUAAUUCCCGAUGAUGAUACCGGACGUCCUCCUGAAUUUAUUACAACUCCAUCAGACUUGACACUGAGCGAGAAUUCUCUUGCUCACUUCGAGUGCCGUCUUCUGCCGGUAAAUGACUCCAGUAUGCGAGUCGAGUGGUUCCACAAUGGGAAAGCACUUAAUGCAGGUUCGCGUAUCAAGACUAUUCAUGACUUUGGAUUUGUUAUUCUUGAAAUAGCCAAUUGUUAUCAACGAGAUUCAGGUUUGUACACAUGCAAAGCUACCAACCGUCAUGGAGAAGCUACCGUGUCAUGUAAAUUCCAAGUACGCGGUCGUCAAGGUAUUAUUUUAGAGCCACAAUUACCUACUAACUUUAAAACUGGAACAGAGAGCAUUCAGAAACUUGAGGAAGCUUUGUACAAGAAGGACGAAAUCCUUGCUGAAGAAGAGAAACCCAAUCCUCCGAGAUUUACUGUCGAGUUAAAAGAUAUCGAAGUUGAAGAGUCUGAAUCAACUCACUUUGACUGCCGUGUAGAACCUGUGGGAGAUCCAACGAUGCGUAUUGACUGGUUCCAUAAUGGCCGACCAUUUGCAACUGGUUCUCGUGUUCAUAUGAUCAACGAUUUCGGAUUCAUAUCUUUGGAUAUGUCUUACACUUAUGCGAGAGACAGCGGUGAAUAUGUUUGCCGUGCUACCAACAAAUGGGGAUCAACAACAACCAAAGCAACCAUCACUUGCAAGUCCAAGAAAACUGUUGACUUUGACUCACAACUUCCUUCUGGAAUGAGUGGAGAAAAAUUGAAAGAACUGGAACGUGGACCUGUCAGUGAACCACCACCCGUUGAAGAACUACCGCGUGUUCCACCAAAGUUCAUUACUCAGAUUCAGUCAGCAACUGUCGAAGAAUCUGAGCCCGUUAGAUUUGAAUGCCGCGUUGAGCCAAAGGAAGAUCCGACUCUGCGCAUCGAGUGGUGGAGAAACGGUAAAUUGAUACCAGCUGGUCAUAGAUACCGCGCUGUCUACGACAUGGGAUUCGUAUCCAUGGAAAUUCUUUAUGUCUAUCCCGAAGACUCUGGCGAGUACGUUUGUCGUGCUAUCAACAAUUAUGGAGAAGAUUCAACACGUGCUUCAGUCUCUUGCAAAACUUUACCCAGCAUUAUUCUUCAAAACCAAGUGCCCAGGGGUAUGAAGAGAUCUGAAACAUUGAUGCAGAUGGAAGCAACUAUCAAGAAAUACACUUCGGAAGUUCAUUUAACAGAAGAUGACCUCUAUGAUGCCGAGAAACGUCAGCCUCCGCGAUUCGUCACCCAGAUUCAGAAUCAAACUGAACUCGUAGAGAUGAACAGCGCAAAAUUCGAGUGUCAAUUAGCACCGGUAGGUGAUCCUAAUAUGAAAGUCGAGUGGUUCUUCAAUGGCAAACCACUGCAUCAUAAAAAUAGAUUCCAGCCAAUUUAUGAUUUCGGUUACGUUGCUAUGAACUUCGGUUGGGUUUAUCCAGAAGACAGUGGAGAAUACUUGUGCCGCGCAACGAAUCUCUAUGGAAUGGAUGAAACCAAAGCUAUCAUCAAGACUUCCGGUAAACCUGGAAUUGUUUACGAGUCUCAACUUCCUAAGGGUAUGAAGAGUAUCGAGAUGAUCCGUGAAAUGGAAGCUGCUUGGCAAGUAGCACCUGAAGAAGAAGUUGAAGAAGACAAACCUCGUACAGCUCCAGUGUUUGUUAGUAAACCUGAGCCAGUAGAAGUUGAAGAAUCUGACUGGUCAAGAUUCUGUUGUCGUGUGACUGGUCACCCUAGACCACGGGUGAUGUGGCUGAUUAACAAUCACACCGUUGUCAAUGGCAAUCGUUACAAGCUUACUUAUGAUGGAAUGUAUCACUUGGACAUUCCUAAAACCCGUCAGUACGAUCACGGAAAGGUUGAGGUAAUCGCCAGAAGCUCAUUGGGAGAAGCUAGAUGCGAGACCACUUUGACAGUUAAACAACGUAGCGAUGAUUACCGCAGUGUCUUGAAGAAUUCCCCGAGACCUUGGUACGAUAUUGGUCUGGCUCAGUAUCAAUCAGAGCGUCAGGAUACUGAGUUGGAGCGAGUAUUUGACGAGAGACACCACAAUGUUUCUCAAGGGGUUGGAAUAGCAACAGAACAUCAUGGCCAGAAGGUUUACAAAGAGCCAGAGACUGAAUGGCAGAAAACUAUAAAAACCAAGAAAAAUGAGGAAGGUUAUUACAGCAAACUGAUGGAUCUUGAAGAAGAACAACUGCUCAAAGAAGCGAGAUUGAGAGAAAGUACUCAUCAGUUUGCUAUUCCGGGUGAUAAAGUUGUCAGCCACUCAGUCGCCAAGGGAAUGGCACAGAAAUAUCAAGAUAGUUUACAAACUACAACUCAAGAUACUACAGUAGUCCAACCACCGCCGAGACCAGUCAAAAGAUUUACUACCGAAGUUGACAUUGACUCUGAAAGAAUAAAAGAAAGUGGAAAAUAUCCACCAGGUCCGACUGAAUCAGCAGUUCAUGGUCGUGAAGUUCAUGUAGCGAAAUCUAAACAAACGCAAAAGGAAACCAAAGGUGAUACGGAAAUCACGAGAAAAAUUACGGCAACUGAGACAACGGAAGUUGAACACAAAGCUAAAACUCAGGAGCGCGUAGUUCAGGGUCAAGUUAAACCGGCAGUGCCGCCGGUGUUUACUAAAAAGAUCCAACCGUGUCGAGCAUUCGAGCAAGAGCAAGCGAGAUUUGAAGUCGAGUUCGAUGGUGAUCCAUUGCCAACAAUAAAAUGGUACCGUGAAGACUUCCCGAUUCAGAAUUCAUCUGACCUUCAGAUCUACACAUUUAGUACCAAGUCUGUGCUGAUUGUACGUCAAGUAUUUAUGGAAGACUCGGGAGUAUUUUCAGUAGUCGCUGAAAAUCGUGGUGGCAAAGCUAAAUGCAGUGCUAACUUAGUUGUUGAAGAAAGAAGACGUCAGCCUGGAAGAGGUGGAAUUGUCCCGCCUAGUUUCCUGACAACUAUUCAAAGUACAUCAGUACCAACCGGACAACUGGCUAGAUUUGAUGCUAAAGUCAGCGGUACUAAACCUCUUGACGUUUAUUGGCUAAAGAAUGGGAAGAAAAUUACAACAGACAUAAGAUACAAAACUCUGGAAGAAGACAACACCUACACGCUUUUAAUUUUGGAAGCGAUGCCAGAAGACACUGCUAAAUAUGAAUGUGUAGCAAUCAACAGUGCUGGAGAAGCACGUUGCGAAGCUGAGUGCAAUGUUCACGGUGCCGAGUCACCAUCAUCAUUAAAACCAUCGAAGCCAUCAACACCCGGAGUUGAAAAAGCACCGGCUGUUCUUGAGCCACUCAAAGAUCAAACGAUCAAAGAAGGCGCAGCUGUGGCGUUUGCAUGCAAGAUCAAUGGCAAGCCGAUUCCUACUGUACAAUGGAAGAAAGGAGACAAGAUUAUCAAACCUUCAAAAUACUUCCAAAUGCAUAAAGAAGGGGAUCGCUGUACCUUGAGGAUUUCUGAAGCUUUUCCAGAGGAUGAGGGCGUAUACAAAUGUAUCGCUAAGAAUCCUGUUGGUGAAGUAACGACAUCGGCUAAUCUUCGAGUAUUAGCACCUGACAGUACAGACGUUUUGCCAAAAUUAACACCUUUGAAGGAUCAAAUUGUUAUGGAAGGACAACCAGCUCAAUUUAAAACUCAAAUUAGUCCACCGAAACUUAAACCAACUGUCCAAUGGUACCGUGAAGGUGCAUUAAUUCCUCAAUCUCCUGAUUUUCAGAUGAUUCAUGAAGGUAAUAACGCAGUUCUUCUUAUCGCAACAACGUAUGAGGAAGACUCUGGAGUUUUUACUUGUCGUGCGACAACUUCUGCUGGCACUGUGGAAACGUCAGCUAAGCUCAUCGUAAAAAAGAGAAAAGGUGUUUAUUAUGAGACAGUAGCACCCGAAGAAGUGGGACCAGGUAAUAAAACGGGUAAACAACCGACUUUAGGUACAAGUGUUGGCAGUUUAGAAAAACCAGGAUUUAAAUAUGGAAAACCGGAUGAGGAAGUUAUCGAGUUGGAUGAAGAAGGAGUGCCGAUUGGUACUCCAUUGCAACCUGGAGAUGAAUCUUUAUCUUGGAGACGAGGUAGAGUUGUUCAUCGGGCACGUCCGAUGCAAAUAACACCUUGGAGAUCAACAAAACCCACAACUCGCGAUCUUUCGCUUGAUAAACUACAGGCCCGCGCGGUUCCUGAAGUAAAACCUUGGACUGAGGAAGAAGUUGUGUUAAAGAAAGCGCCUCAAGUUAUACGAGAAAUUCCGCGGGAAAAAUUGGAAGAAGUUGAAUUAAAAGCUUCGAAAAUAGAGAAAAAGGAAUUGGUUAAAGAAACACUAGAGACUGUGGAAUUGAAACCGGUUGUCAAAGAUACGAAGGAAGAUAAAAUAUUAGAAAGACUUUUACGUGAGGAAUAUGUUGAAGAAGAAGAUACAUCAUUUCUUGACGUAUCACGCAAUGAGAAGAUUGAUGUCAGUAAAAAGAUAAAACCCUGGACUGAAGAAAAAGUUGAACUGAAACCUUCUAAACCAGUGCGCCAGGAAAUUCCGAAAGAAACUAUCGAAGAGGUUCAAUUAAAACCGGCAAAGCCUGAGAGAAAAGAAGUAGAAAAACCUUCACUGGAGAAGGUUGAUUUAAAACCUGUUACUAAAGUAAUUAAAGAAGUUAAAUUGACUGAUAGAAAAAUAACAGAAACUGGUGAGUUUGUCGAAGAAGAAGACUCGGCUUUUCUUGAUAGAUCGGAAAAAGUUGAAGUAUCGAUUGGAAGCAUACCUCAAACGAAACCGUGGACUGAAGAAAAGAUAUCGUUGAAAAAAUCUAAACCAAUUAAGAAAGAAAUACCAAGGGAAUCUAUUGAACCGGUUGAAUUAAAACCUGCUAGACCGGAAAAACGAGAUAUAAGGAAGCCGAGCAUCGAAAAAGUCGAAUUGAGGCCCGUUACUAAGGACGUUAUUGAUGACCGAAGUUUGACUUCAGAAUAUUAUGAAGAAGAUGAUUCUUCGUUGAUGGAAGUUUCGGAAAUAUCUGAGGAUAUUUCUAUUAGGAGAGUAAGAAGACCUGAGAGACAGGAACUAGUUCAAGAACGUCCGGAUCAACCAAAACCGUGGACUGAAGAGAAGAUAGCCUUGAAAAAGUCAAAGCCGGUACGUAAAGAAAUUCCUAAAGAGAGUCUUGAGACAGUGGAGCUCAAGCCAACGAGAGUUGAGAAAAAAGAAAUAAGAAAAUUGAGCAUUGAUAAAGUUGAAUUGAAACGAGUCACCCAAGAAGUUGAUACGAAAAUAAGCAAUACUAGUGAUUAUGUCACAGAAGAAGAUACUACAUUUUUAGAAAUUUCUGAAGAUGUGUCAAUUAAAAAUGUGAAACGACCUAAAACAGAAAGAACCGAAGUAUCUGUUGGGAAAGUGGAUGAAGUCAAGCCAUGGACGGAUGAAAGAAUAUCUUUGAAGCCUUCGAAACCUAUCAGAAAGGAAGUAGUUAAAGAAACAAUUGAAACAGUCGAGCUAAAAAAAGCUAAGCCUGAGAAAAAAGAAAUAAGAAAGUUGAGUAUUGAACAGGUUGAUUUAAAACCAGUUACUAAGGAUGUAGUUAUUGAAAAAACUGAAACAACUACAGCUGAUUAUCGUAUUGAAGAAGAUACAAGUCUAUUAGACGUCUCUAGAAACGAGAGAGUUGAGAUUCAACGAAAACCCGAAGGUCCAAAACCAUGGACUGAAGAGAAGAUUUCAUUGAAAAAAUCUGUGCCUGUUAGAAAAGACAUACCGAAAGAAACAUUAGAAACUGUGGAAUUAAAACCUACGAAGGUCGAGCAGAAAGAAGUGAAGACAGUCGAGAAGACUGAGUUGAAAAAAGUAGUUAAAGAUACUGGAGAUGUUGAAGUGACGGAGAAAUAUGUCGAAGAAGAUGUAACAACUAGGUUAGAUGUUUCGAAAGUCGAAAAGGUGGAAACGACUUUGAGUAGACCUGAUCAACCAAAACCGUGGACUGAACAAAUAGUAACUUUGAAAAAAUCAAAGCCGAUACAAAAAGAAAUUGUUAAGGAGACGCUUGAGACUGUUAAGCUUAAGCCGUCAAGACCACAGAAGACGGAAGUGGUAAAAGAAAGUUUAGAAACUGUAGAACUGAAACCUGUUAAGAAAGAAGUUGCUACGAAAGAAGACAAAAUUGUUACAGAUACUAGAACUACAUUUGUUGAAGAAGAAGAUACGAAUUUGAUCAGGGUUACGAGAGAUGAAGUCACUGUUGAAGAUCGAAAAACUGAAGACACAAAAGUUUCAUGGAGAAUGGGUAAAAAGAAGCCGUCUGAGAUGCCUUAUAGAGAAGAAGAAGACACUCAACUUCUUCAAGUUGAUAAAACGGAAGAAGUCACUGAAACACAGAAACGAACUGAAGAGGUUCCGGUACCUUGGGCUCGUGGAAAGAAAGUCAAAGAAUUAAAACCUGAAAAAGUGACGGAAGAAAAAGUGGAAGAGAAGCCCGAAGAAGUUUCACAGGUUCCGUGGUUACGUGGAAAGAAAGAUAAAAAGAAACCUGAAUUAGUUCCUCAAACGGUUCAACCUGAAAAAGAUAAACCUGAAGAAGUUGAAGAGACGGCGGUUUCUUGGAGAAGAGAAAAGAAGAAGCCGAAAGAAGUUGUGAGUAAGGUUGAACAAGUUGAGCAAGAAGAUACAGCUUUACUUAAAGUAGAUAAGACUGAAGAAGUAACUGAGAAGAAAGAGGAAGUUGCUGUUCCGUGGUUAAGAGGAAAGAAAAAACCUAAAGAACUACCGCUCAAACCGGAAGAAGUUAAGCCAGAGGAAGUUAAACCUGAAGAAGAACAACCUUCAGAGACUUCUCAAUUGCCAUGGAUGCGUAAAAAGCCUCGUAAAGUUAUCGAGAAGAAAGAAGAACACAUUGAGGAUAUUAAAUCUGUGUCUUUGAAACCUGUGAAACGUGACAAGAAACCAGAAGAAAGAGAGGAAAAGGAAGAAAUCACACUAAAACCUGUUAAACGUCUUCCGAAACAAGAAGAAACUACAGAAGAAAUUAAACUAAAACCUGUUCUGAAGGAAAAGCCUGAAGUUGUUCCUCAGAAGGUUAAAGAACAACCUGAAGAAGAAAAGCCGUCAGAGACUUCUGAAGUACCUUGGCAACGAAAACCAAAAGUACAAAAAGUCAAGAAGACUGUAUCAAUCGAAGAAAAACCUGAAGAGGUUGUUGAAGAAGUUAAAGAGGUUUCGGAGGUACAGAUAACUCAAUUAAAACCGAAAAAAGUUGUUGAAAAGACUGUGAUUAAAGAAGCUGAAGUUGAAGAUUGGAAAUCUGUAAGUUUAAAACCAGCUAGACGUGUUCAGAAGCCUGAGGAGCGUGAAGAAAAAGAAGAAAUUACGUUAAAACCUGUGAAACGUCUUCCAAAAGAAGAAGAAACAAAAGAAGAAAUAAAAUUGAAACCUGUUCCGAAGGAAAAACCUGAAGUCGUGCCCCAAAAGAUUGAAGAAAAACCUAAAGAGGAUAAACCUUUAGAAACAUCUGAGGUUCCUUGGCAACGCAAACCGAAAGUUCAAAAGGUUACAAAGACUGUAUCGGUUGAAGAAAAGCCGGAAGAAGAAGUUGAAAAAGUUAAAGAGGUUUCAGAGGUACAGAUAACUCAAUUAAAACCAAAGAAAGUUGUUGAAAAGACUGUAAUUAAAGAAGCUGAAGUUGAAGAUUGGAAAUCUGUCAGUUUGAAACCAUCUAAGCGUGUUCAAAAGCCUGAGGAACGUGAAGAGAAGGAAGAAAUUACGUUGAAACCCGUUAAACGCCUUCCAAAAGAAGAAGAAACAAAGGAAGAGAUUAAAUUAAAACCUGUUCCGAAGGAAAAACCUGAAGUUGUUCCUCAAAAGGUAAAAGAACAACCUGAAGAAGAAAAGCCGUCAGAGACUUCUGAAGUACCUUGGCAACGCAAACCAAAAGUACAAAAAGUCAAGAAAACAGUAUCGAUCGAAGAAAAACCUGAAGAGGUUGUUGGAGAAGUUAAAGAAGUAUCGGAAGUUGAAAUAACUCAAUUAAAACCUAAAAAAGUCGUUGAAAAGACUGUGAUGAAAGAAGCUGAAGUCGAAGAUUGGAAAUCUGUCAGUUUGAAACCAUCUAAGCGUAUUCAAAAGCCUGAAGAACGUGAAGAUAAAGAAGAAAUUACGUUAAAACCUGUGAAACGUCUUCCAAAAGAAGAAGAAACAAAGGAAGAAAUUAAACUCAAACCCAUUCCUAAGAAAGAAAAACCUGAAGAAGAUAAACCUGAAGUCGAACUUCAACCAAAGAAAGUUGAAGAAGUUCCUAAGGAAAUUCCUGAAGAAAGAACUCAACUUCCAUGGAUACGUGGAAAGAAGAAGCCCAAAGUCCUGGAGUCUCCUGAAGAAAAGAAACCCGACGAAGUUCCUAAACAGCUUCCGGAAGAGACAACCGAAGAAGUGGAAAAAACACAAGUAACUUGGAGAAGGCCAAGAAAAGAAAAACCUGAAGAAGCUACACCAGAAGAGGUUACAUUGAAACCAGUGCAACGGCUUAAGCCAGAAGAAGAAAAAUCAGAAGAAGUUAAGUUGAAACCAGUUCAACGACCUAAACCAGAAGAAGAAAAGCCUGAAGAGGUUAAACUAAAGCCCAUUCCAAGAAAACCUAAACCAGAGGAAGAAAAGCCUGAAGAAAUUAAGCUGAAACCAGUUCAACGACCUAAACCUGAAGAAGAGAAGCCUGAAGAGGUUAAACUAAAACCCAUUCCAGAAAAACCUAAACCAGAGGAAGAAAAGCCUGAAGAAAUUAAAUUAAAACCAGUUCAACGUCCUAAGCCUGAAGAAGAGAAACCUGAAGAGGUGAAAUUGAAACCCAUUCCAAGGAAGCCGAAAGCAGAAGAAGAGAAGCCAGAAGAAGUAACUUUGAAACCUGUCAAAGUUCCUGAGAAAUUAGAACAACCGGAAGAAGAAAUCCCUGAACAAGUAUCCUUAGCUCCUUGGAAACGUGGCAAGAAACCAAAGAAAGAGAUUGUACCCAAAGAAGUUGUCCCAGAAGUCAAACCUGAAGAAAUACCCGAAGAGGUAGUGGAAGAAGAAGUAAUUACAACAAUACGAACAGAAAAGAAACCUAGGAAAACGAAAAACGUGGAAUUUAAAGAAGAAGUCGAAGUAGUUUCAAUAGACCAACAAGAAGUGAUUCAUGAGGAACAAGAAAUUCAGCAAGUAGAUAUACGUCAACCUGAACAAGUGACUCAAACUGAAGACCAAAUUGAUGAGGUUAAAAAAGUCACUGAAGUGUCUUGGAGAAAAACAAAGAAAACUAAACCAAAGAAACCUGAAGAAGCACCAGUACAAGUUCCUCAACCAGUUGAAGAACAAGAAAAAAUCGUUGAAGAAAAGACUGAAGAAACGAUUACUCUCAAACGAGGUAAGAAGGUUGUUAAACCUGAAGAAGAAAAGCCUGAGCAAGUUGUUCUUAAACCAGUUAAACGUGAUACAAUUCCUGAAGAGAAAGAAAAAGAGGAAGUUCAGCUAAAACCAAUUCCUAAGCAAGAAAAGCCUAAUGAGACUGAACUUAAACCUUUGGAAGCAAAACCAAUUCCAGAGAAGCCUGAAGAAACAACUGAAAAAACUACUCAAGACGUGACGAUAACAAAGAAAAAGAAGACAAUAACAGUAGCCGAGAAAGCUGUAGAAAUCCAAGAAGAAAAGGUGGAAGAACGUCGGCCAAUGGAAGUAGAUAUCAUCACUCAAAAACGCGAAGAUACCGUCGAAGAAGUAGAGCGUACUGAAAAACGCACGCGAAGACAAAAAAUAAAAAUGGACAUUCCAAUUCCCGAUAAAGAUGUAGCGCCAAGAUUUAUUCAAAAACUUCAGCCAGUAAUAGCCGAAGCAAAUAAACCAGCUAAAUUCACUUGUACCGUAGUCGGACACCCAACACCCGCAAUUACCUGGUACCGAAAUGAACAAGAACUUCAUGCUACUGAAAGAUACAUCAUGACUGUUGUUGAAACAACAGCAUCUUUAGAAAUUAUCAAGGUUACUGAAGAAGAUGUUGGAAUGUAUACAUGCCGAGCUUCAAAUCCCGCUGGCAAUGCCUUCUCAACAGUCAAUCUCGUCAUCUUUGAAAAAGAAGAAGAAGGAAUAGCUCCACACUUCGCAACACCAAUAAAGCCUCUCAUGGUCCAAGAACACCAACCAGCGACUUUAGAAUGUGUCGUUACAGGUACUCCAGCACCGGAAGUUAAGUGGUACCGCAAAGAAAAAGAAAUCAAACCUCAAAAGGGUACUGAGAUAACGUUUAAUCCAGAAACUGGUGAAGCUAAGUUGACAAUUAUUGAACCAACUCCUGAAGACGAAACAAUUUAUCGUGUCCGAGCGGUCAAUAAAUUUGGACGAGCUGAAUGCCGUGCUAAUUUACUUAUUAGCAACGCGGCUGUUGUUGCCAAACCUGCAGUAAUGCAUGCGCCCAGAAUCACUAAACCAGUUCCUGCUUUGAUUGCGACCAAGAGUAAGCCUUUAGUACUGACUGCAGAGUUCGAAAGUACACCUAAGCCCGAAGUUAAAUGGUUCAAAAAUGGCGUAGAGUUAGCUCCGACCGAUAAUCGAGUCAUCACGAUUUACGAAAAUAUUUCGGAGCUAACGAUUUCUGAUGUUACAAAGAAGGAUUCCGGAAAGUAUGAGAUCCGAGUACAAAAUCCCGUGGGCGAGGCAAGAAGCUCUGGGUCUGUGACUGUAAGAGACCGCGAAGAAGUUAUUGAUGAGACUGAAGACAGACCAAAAGCUCCAUGGUUUGUCAAACCACUGCGACCUCAAAUUGUUAGCGUCGGAGAAGUCGUUAUCAUGGAGGCCGUUGUUGACUCUUAUCCUACGGCAUCAUUCCAAUGGUUUCAUGACAAUAAACCUCUAGAAUCUUCUCCAGCAGUGAGGAUUGUCACUAAAGAAAACAGAUCAGUACUGCUGGUCAAAGAGAUCAAACCAGAAGAAGCCGGUGGCUAUACAUGCCGAGCUGAGAAUGUCGUCGGCUCGGUUACAUGCACAGCCAGUGUUAAUAUAAUGGAAACCACCUGGGAAGAAACCACCGAAUUGAUAUCACCGACGUUCGUUAAAAAGCUCUCACCAGUACGCGUGAUGGAUGGCGAGAGUGUUGAUCUAACCUGCACCGUCAAAGGGAAACCAACACCUAAAAUUCACUGGUACCACGAUGACAAGCCCAUCAAAGAAGGCAAAGAGAUUACUAUUUUACAGGACACUGAAGGGGUCUGUAGUCUUGCUAUCACCGAAAUAUUUCCGGAAGAUGCUGGAGAGUACACUUGUCGCGCUGUUAAUCCUGUUGGCGAGGCUGUUUGUACUACAUCACUUGUUGUUGAAGCGUACGAGUAUGUUCCGGACUCAGAGAUUGCUUCUUCAGCAGUUGCUGGAUCACUUAUAAGUGGCUCUGAGGAAGACUUACUAUCUCCAAAGGAGGCUCCUCUAUCAGACACCGAUACAGAGGAAUCAGCACCGGAGAUAAUUAAAACACUUCCUCAGUUAAUUCCAGCAAAAGAUGGAGAAUUGACUCGAUUGGAAGUAAAAGUGAAAGGUAAACCAAAGCCAGAAGGUAAAUGGUACAAACAAGGUAUUGAAAUAAAAUCAUCAGAAGAAUUUCAAAUAGAAGAGUUUGAAGAUGGGACAUCUGUAUUAACAAUUGCUGAGACUUACCCUGAUGAUACUGGAGAAAUUGUCUUCGAAGCGCUCAAUCCUCUGGGCGUUUCUACUACCACAGCAUAUUUAUCCGUAGAAGGAAUCCUUGGAACAAAGGAAUACAGAAAACCAGAAUGGGUAACGCAAAUGGAAGAGAUGCAAGAAGCAUUGCGAGCUAGUCAACAGAUUCCGCGGUUCAUUCAAGAGAUAACUGACAUUUAUACAGAAGCUGGUCAAAAGGUUGUUUUCGAAACAAUUUAUUCAGGACAUCCAGCUCCAGUCGUCGUAUGGUUCAAAGAUGAUAAAAUGAUUGCAAGUACAAAGAACGUCAAGGUGAAACUUAGUGAAGAAGAAAAGAAGACAUCAGUUCUUAUUUUACAUGCUACUCCUGAGGACGAAGGAACUUAUGUUUGCAAAGCUACUAGUGACAUUGGAUUAGCAACAACGAAAGCUAAAUUACGAGUAUCUGGUACUUAUGAAACUGGCGAUGAUAACUGGGAGGUUGAAGAGCAGCCAGAAGAAGUUCCUGAAGAAAAACCGAAGAGGAAGAAGAGAUUGGAGAUGAAGAGAGCUAAAGAAACUAAAGAGAAAAUGAAAGCUCUUAAAGUUAGAGUUGAAAAAAGAAAGGAUGCGCUCAAGGAGAAAGCAACGGCUAGUGAACAGCCUGAUGAUAAGAGCAUCGUAGACGUGGAAGAGACGCAAGUUCUCGAGUCUACAGACGUAAUUGAACAUGAAGCUUUUGAAACUACUAAGGCACAUCGUGUUAUCUCGGUACAAGAGCCAGUAAUAACGGAAGCAACAGCUUCAUUGAAGAAAGUUGACGAAAAAACACAAAAGAUUGUGCCGAGACGUGAAGAUCGAGCUCGGCCAGUUGUUUUAGAGCAAGAGGCUUUGGUCGUUGGCUCGGAAAUAGUCACUCAAGACACGACAGCUGACUUUAAGAUCCAAUCUACGACAGAUCGUGCUCAAGUUACUUCUGAAACUUUCGAAACUGUCUCCGUAUCUGAAGUCCAUACUGAGUCAAGUGUCCAAGAGAUCAAGCGGACUGAUUCUAAGACACGAAGAGCUAAAAAGACGGUAGUGAGUAGCCAAGAAGGCGUCGUUGAGGUUCGCCAGACGCAGGUUGAAGAAUUCCUUGAUGAGAAACCGAAGAAGAAGAAAGACCGAAAACGGGAUGUAGUUGAAGUUACUAUUGAAGAAGUAAUCAAAGAGCAAAAAGUUAAUCUUCUAAGAGCUGUUGAAGAGAUUAUGGAACUGCUCAACGUCAGGGAAUUCGGACCUGGUGAAUCUCCGCUACGUGAACUCGCUACCAUUGGAUUCUUAGUCAGCCAUGGAGUUCCGGUUAGUGAAAUAAAUGAAGCUCUCUACAGAACUGACCAAUUCCCAGCAUUGAGAACUCCAGAUGCACAGAAUGCUCUAGUGCAGUUGGUCGAGAGAGAAGGUCACGGUGCAUUGAUUACUCAAGUUCUUACUGAAGAAACUACAACAGACGAAGCUAUCGUUGCUGCUACUGUUGGUUUCCGAGCUUUCAUGAGAAUGGUCGAACUUAUUCACACUACUGUUGAAGAAGUCAUUACUCAUUUUGCUCCCGAAGACUUUCGUCCAAGAGCAUGGGAGGUUACUGAAAUCACUGAGGCUGAAGUUGAGGAACAUAUGACUGAAAGAGUAUCCGUCGUCCAAACUACAGAGGUCCGCGUAAUGGAGAAACGUGAGGAGAAAAAAGCGAUCCUGAAGCAAGAUGUUCGAGAAAUUAAAGAAUACGAGGACACUCAGCUAGUACACGAAACACUGCACAAAGAAAUAAAACCAGAAGAACACGGGUCUCGAGUGGUUGAGGACACACAAGAACAGGAUAGGGAAAGUAUUGAUAUUGAGGAGGAAACUGUUGUUACUGAGCGCGAUGAGGGUAGAUUAGUUAGGAAAAAGCCGAAAAAAGAGCAAAGAAGAGAGAAAAAAGAAGAUGAAGUUGUGGUAGUUGAGGAAGAAGAAAUAGUAACGAGAAAAAUUAAGAAACCGCAGAAAAAACAGAAGGAAGAAAUAGAGAUUGAGAUUGAGGAAGAAGAAAUAAUUGAAGAGGAAGAAGAAGGAGAGAAACGUAAGAAAAUAUUGAAAGCCAAAAGACCGAAGAAAGGCGAAGAAGAAAUUGAUUUCGAAGAAGUUGAAGAUUUUGAAACGGUAAGAGACAAAGCAGUGUCAUCUGUGCCUGUUAAUACUUCGGUACAGAGUCAUGAAGUUGUUGCGUUAACGAGAACUGCCGAACAAGCUCCUGGAAAACCGGAAAGUGAAAAAGCUAGAGUUACUUUGGAUACAGUGAACGCAUUGGUGGAACAAUAUGUACCGGUUCAAGAGAGUGAAGAUAAAAUUAGCAAGGUAAAACCAGAUGAGAAGAAAGCUUUAGUAUCGGUAGCUCCAGUUGAACCUUUCUCUAUUACGGAAACAACUGUUCAGGGCUCGCAUGGAGAAUUUAAGGGUACUUUUAAGCCAACAACUUUCGAAGCUACACCUGGAUUUGUUACGAAGCCUAAAGAAAGUCUUCAAGUUACGGAAACACUUGCGAAUGAUGCUAAAACUACUGGAUUAGAUUUGAAGCAAGCUUUGACGACGCAAAAAGCUGAAGUUGCUUUGACUCUACAGGAAGCGACUACUGUAAGUGAAACUACGGUAAACCAAGGCGAAGUUCCCACUCAAGACUUUGUUGCUCCGACUGCAGUGACUGCUGAAGACACAAUGCUACCAAACAUCAGUCUUUCUAUUUACGAAGUAAACGAGGCUGUUACUGAAGAUAAAUUGGAGCCUACUAAGACUAUUUCUGCUAAGCCACGGGUUAAUAUAAGUGCUGUAGAACCUUUGACUAUUGAAGAAGUCCAAACUGAAGACAAGCCUGGAAAGUAUUAUCCGGAAUUAUUUGUUCCAACUGAAAUAGCAACGACGACAGUCGUGUCACAGAAACGUGUUAUUACUGAAGAGACUCAUGCACCGGAAAAAGAGGGAGAAUAUGUGCCUGGAAGAUUACCAGCUGGUCAGAAAGCUCAGGUUGGUGUUUCUGAAGGCGGUGAAGCGCCGAUGAUUGGAGAACAUCCGAUACAGGAAAUGGAAGGUGUCUUUGUUCCUGGCAGGAAAGCUGACACUUUUGAAGCUGAAACUAAUGUCAAUGUUUUGGAAAGCGUUACGGUUUCUACGGUUGAGACUCAACAUCAAGAAGUUAAUCUUGUUGUUGAAGAAGCGAAGAAAGCUGUGGCUGAUCUGAAUGUUGUUGAGAAGAGUUCAGUAUUUACUAUGGAAACUGUUACAUCUGAAAGAGAAGUCGAAUAUAAACCAGAAGAGCAACCGUCAGUUAAAACAGCUGAUAGUUCAAUACUUCCUUUAGAGAUCGGAAGUAUUUCCAGUACUAUUGUCCAAGAGUCUGAGGGUAUAUAUAAUGAACAAGUGAGACCAACAUCAGCAAUCGCAGAAACCAGUCUCCGCCCAGAAGAACACGUAACGGUUUCUCAAGUAGAGACCGCUGAUUUGCCGUCUAAAUUCAGCGAAGAUCUGAAGUACAUCACGGAAAGUGGAACUGUUUCUGUACAACUGACUGAAGCGAAAGUAAUCCAAGAGACUUUUACGCAUGAUCGUGAAGAAAAGUUUGAAGACUCCGUUAAACCGGAAGAAAAAAUAGUAGAUAUGAUUUAUGAUUCUGUUAAAGGUAUUGAAAUAUUUCAGACGACUUCCGUAGACAAAGAAGGUCAUUUAGAAAUUUAUGAGAUGCCUGAGAGCCAUCGAGGUAAAAUGGUUCCAACUCAUUCUGUCAUUUCCUUCCAGGUUGAGGAGACUCAACCUGAAGAUAAUGUAGGGAAGCUUGAUAAAUUAGUCCCAAUUACUGGAAAAGCUAAAGUUGGGCAUGAUAAUUUAGUUGAAACUGUGGUAGAUAUCACAGUUGUUGAUGAAGGGUUGAAACCUGUAGAAAAAGAUCAAGUACCUGAGUCAAAGUUCGCUGAAGUUGGAUUGAAUGAAGUAGAAAGUGUAAAGACAACAGAAAUUAUUGUGAACGAAACUGAGGAAGAUUACAGAAGUGUCACUAAAAUGGAGAGUGUGUUUGCAACAACAGGUUUCACUACACAAUCUGCUAUUGAAUUGCAAGAAGUGCGAACUGAAUCACCAACUGGAGAAAUACCUGAAGAAGUUCGUGCAAGUGGAACUGCUCAAACAUCUGCAGUGCCACUAGAGUCAGUUACUGUUAAUCUUCAAGAAGUUGCUGAAAAAGAAGAUAUUUAUACUGAAGACAUCAGACCUGAGUCUAAAACAGCUAGCAUUGAUUACACUGAAACAAGAUCAGGUGCAAGUGUUCUAGAAGUUUUGACUCAUGAUCUGGAGAACACGUAUCGACCGGAUGAGAAACCACGAGAUUUUACGGCUUCGAGUUCGAUUGACAGUCGGACGAUAGCUAUGAAAUCUGAAGUCCUGAUUGAACAAAGUGCAGGUAAGAUGUCUGAUGAUAAACCUAAGACUGCGAAGGCAUUUGGAACUCAAGAAGCACUUGAUGAGUUGGUUGUUGUUGAAACUAACAUUGCGGAGACUGAGAAACCGAGAUUUGAAGAAGCAAAACCAGUUGAACAAAAAGCUCAAGUCGAUAUUACGACUUCAGAAAAUGUAUCGGUGAUGGAAAUCACGGCGGUUCAUGCUGAAGAGACUUUACAUACUGAAGACGACGUCUCUGAGAAGACAAUUACAAUGAACUUAACGUCGACUCAUGAAGUAGCACAAACUGAAGAGACAGUUGUUGCCAAUAAUAUUGAUUCACUGUCUGAAGUAAAACCGAAAACAGAAAGCGCUAUAUUGCAUCAAAGUGGCUUAGAGAUAGUUCAGCAGACAGAGUUAACGGUUUCGGAGAAAGAAUCAGUACUUUUGGAAGAUGUUAAACCGGAUUUGAAGAAUGUUAAUGUCAGUUUCACGGAAGGCGAAAGUGUACAAGUACUAUUGACAAAUUCAGAAGACAAAGAAGGUCGACUAGAAGAUCAAGUUAAGCCCAAAAGCUUUGAGGCAUCAAUAGACUUUGAAGUUCAAGGUGUUGCUUCGCAGUAUGAAGUAAUGAGUGACACUGGAGUUAGUGAAUUUACAUCAGAAGUUCCAAAAGACGCGAAACCAUCAGAGACUUUACUUCUCUAUGAAACUGCAGUCGCGGAAGAAAUUCAAACGCGUGAGACUGAAGCUCCUUUGACGGAAAUCCAACCGGGCAAUCGAUUAGCUGAGUUGUUGUUCGAAAUAGGCGAAGGUAUUCUCGUGUCUACUGUGGAAACUGGAGACAAAGAGAGACCUCUUGAAGAACUCGAGAAACCAGAAAACAAAUCAGCAACCUUUGAUUUCGAAUCACAUCCAGUUGCUGAAGCUUUAGAGACUAUUGCUCAAGAUGAUGCAGGAGAGUUUAAACCAGAAGAAACUCAGUCAGCUACUGCAUUAAUGGAUCAUGUUGCACACAAGAGUAUAGUAACAAUUGAAACAUCUGUUGGAGAUCGAGAAGGAUUUAUGGAUGAUUUUGUUAAGCCUGAAGAGAAAGUCGUUGAUGUUGCAUUUGAAGAAGCUAAGAUCUGUUUGAAUAUUACGGAAACAAUUUCAUCUGAAAAAGAGAAAGAGUAUGUGGGCAAAGAAGAUGUGAUGACAGAGAAAGCAACGUUUAACUUCGAUGCUCAUAAAGUAGCUGAACUUACUGAAGUCACGACAUCUUCAAUAACUGAUGAAUUGAAAGAAAAGGCUCCAACUUCAGCAAUUGCUAAAGAAGAACGUCUACCAUUUGAAGGAGUUAUUCAAACAGAAGCUGUGAUCUCCGAAAAAGAAAAAGAAUUUUCUGAAAGUCCAAUAAUUGCUACAAACAAAGCAGACAUAAUAAUUGGAGAUAAAGGAAAUGUUUCAAGUGUUUCUGAAGUUAUGAUAGUUGACAAAGAGGGCUCACUGAAAAUUCCUGAGAAACCGGAAGAACGAAGAGCUUCUAUAGACAUGACAGGACAUUCAAUAGCUGAGAAAAUUGAAGUUAAUGUUGACUCAAGUACGGGAGUCUUUGGAGAACUUCAAAAGGUAUCAGCUUCUGCUAUUCCAUCGCAGAUUCCACUAGAGCCUGUCGUACAAACUGAAACUCAACCAUCAGAAUCUGAAGGUUUGUUAACGAAAGAUAAAAAACCAAUUAAAGCUCUUGCUGAUUUAUCUGUCGUUGAAGAUCAAAGUAUUGAAGUUACCAUGGUAACGAUGGAAGACAAAGAAUCUGAUUAUUUACCAAAAGAUUUACCCGAGAGUAGAGUUGCAGACAAAGCAUUUGUUGGUGGACACUUGGUAGCAGAAACUACUGAACACGUGGUCGAUUUCAGUACUCAAAUUAUUACUGAAGAAAAACCUGAAGUAUCGACUGCUAUUUUAGAUCAGAUUACUUUCAAUCCAUUGACCAGUUCUCAAAUGAUUAUUGGAGAAACCGAAGAUCAAUUUAUACCGGAUGUCAAACCAGAAGAUCACACUGCUAAGAUUGAUAUUGAAUUUGGGCGCAGCACUGUAACAAUUUCUCAAGUUACUACAGGCGAUAAAGAGACCACGUAUACACCAGAAAUAUUCCCCGGUGAGAAAGCUGCUUCUAUGAAUAUCGAUCUAACUCAUGAGAUUGCUGAAACAACGGCUACAAAUGUUCAAGACGCUCUUGGUGAUGUUGAAAGUAUGAAACUUGAUACAGUAAAAGCAAUAACGAGCCAAGAAGUUUUUAGAAGUCUUCAAAUAUCUCAAGAAAUUCCUCAAGACAAAGAAUCAAUAUUUGAGGGUAAGUUUAAAGCAGAUGUAAAAGAUGUUAAAGUGACUGUCGAGGAAGGAAAAGGAGUAACAAGUGUUACUGAAAUUACAACUGAAGCUAAAGAAGGUAUUCUUGAUAACCUAAUUCACCCUGAAGCACGAGAAGCUGUACCUGCUUUAACUUCAGGUCAUGAAGUGGCUGAACAAACGGAAGUGAUAGCUGAUUUACUUGUUGGACAAGUAGAGGCACUUCAAACUACUCCCGCUACUGCGAAAAUUGGUCAGAAGCCUUACGAAACAGUUCAAUUAAUUGAAGAAUUCCUGGGUGAACGAGAAAGCGACCGCGUUGAUGUAAAAACGGUAACAUCAAGCGCUAAAGUCGCUGUAGAUGAACAGAGUUCAGUAAUUGUUGCAACCACGAUCACACAAGAUGUUGAAGAAGAGCUUCUGGUUCCAAGAAAACCUAAAGAAGAAAUAGCAAAACCCGGAGUUGAGAGUAAAGAGGUAGCUCAGCAGAGUGAAGUGAUGCCGAAGGAAGGUAUUGAAGAGCUCUUAGUAACAAAACCAACAGAAGCAGCAGCUAAAGAGACACAAGGAACAUUUGAAAGUGUCAAUGUCAUUCAAGCAAUACCCGAAGAACUGGGUUCAGACUUUAAAGGCAAGUUUAGACCUGAUGAACGGAGUGCUGAUGUUUCAUUCGUCGAAGGCAAGAGUCUGACUAUUAAUGAAGUUAUGAUUCAAGAUAAAGAAGGUCCUGUAACGAUUGCCAAACACAUUGAAGGCUUUGCAGAAGUAAAGCUGACAAGGGUGGGACAAGAUGUUGCACAGAAGACUGAAGUUAUUGUCGAUCAGAGCACAGGAUCAAUUGCACCGUUUGAAAUUGAUUCAAGGAAAGCUCGCCCUAUACAAGAUACAUUAGAAUCUGUGAUCAUUGAAGAAGUUCCAGCUGGAGAAACUGAAGGCAAUUUUGUUGAUUAUCCUAAGACUAUUUCUAGUAAAAUCACUCCGACGUUUGAAGAGGGACACAGUGUAUCUAUCACUGAAGUAACUUCUGGCGAGCGUGAAAAAGUUCUUGAAGAACAGAAAUUACUUGAAUCUCGUACAGCUGAGACAACGGUGAUUAUGGAGCAUGGUAGUAUUUUAACGACGGUAGUAGACUCAAGUGUCGAUGUGAAGACUGAAGUUCCUGUAGAUGAGAGAAUACCGCAAACUGCUAUUCCAAGUCAAGACACUUUUGAAAGUGUCUCAGUGUCAGAAAAUAUUAUUGAAGAGUCUGAAAAUUCAUUUGAAGGUCAAUUCAAACCUACUACUCAGACAGCUGUCAUCGAUAUUCAAGAAGUUAAAUCGUUUCAAGUAUCAGAAACAAUGUCAGAAUAUAAAGAAGAAAGCUUUGAAGGUGCUCCAAAGAUUCAUACAGUUCAAGCUAAACCAGAAUUUAGUUUUCUUGAAACUGUACAGAAAUCUCAAGUGGAAGCAAUUCAUAGCAUCGGUGAAGUGAAAGAUAAAACGACAAUUACAUCGCAGGCUACUAUGACUCAAACGACCAUGGAAUCAGUUAUUGAAACAGAAACGAUGACAAGUGAAAGAGAAGAUACGUUUGAAGGCAAAUUUAAACCGGAAGAGCAUAAAGGCAUAGCACAGAUGGAAGGUCUUAGCACAGUUACAAUAAUGGAAAUUUUAUCAAAUGAAAUUGAAGAUACGUUGGCAGUUGAUCAAAAGCCAAAGGACAGAAAAGCAUUACCAAAUAUCACGGGACGAGAAGUAGCCGAGACAAUGGAAGUAGAAACUAUUGUGGGUCCUGAAGAGUUUGAAAAAUUCAAAGGGCCUGAGGAACAACGAGGUCAACCUGGUCUCGAAGAGCACUCAUCUAUAAAUGUUUCUCAAAUAGUAUCUAAUGAAGUUGAAGAAGAGUUACCUAGCCCCGAAGUACCAAAAGAAAAGAAAGCUGAACCUAAUUUAUUGGGUAGGGAGAUAGCAGAAUCUAUUGAAGUAACAACUCAUUUAAGUACGGAAGACUUUUCAGUCCCACAAGCACCUGAAGGUCAUAAGGGUAAACCCGGAAUCGAUGAAAUGACAUCUGUUAUAGUUUCUCAGACGAUAUCAAAUGAAACUGAAAAUAUUUUAUCAUCAAUACAAGCACCAACAGAAGUCACAGCUCAACCUAAUCUCUUUGGCCGUGAAACUGCUGAAACUAUUCAAAUAACUACAGUUUCUAAUGCUCAAGAAUUAAUUGCCGAAACUAAUCCUGAAGAACAACGAAUUAAACCUCGUUUAGAUGAAUUCUCUUCAUUGAUUGUAUCAACAGCAUUCUCUAAUGAAGGAGAAAUGGCGUUACCAAGUCCCGAAGUUCCAACGGAAAAAACUGCACAGCCAAGUCUUCUUGGUCGUGAAAUUGCUGAGACUAGUCAAGUAUUAACGAUGAUUAUUGCACAAGAUUUGGCAAGUUCCAAAUUACCGGAGACAGCUAAAGGAGUACCUGGUGUUGAUAUGUUAACAUCUGCUAUCGUUUCUCAAACUCUAUCAAACGAACUUGAAGAACAGCUUCCUGGUCAAGAAGUGCUAAAUGAAAAGACUGCUCAGCCUCAAAUAUCUGGCAGAGAUAUUGCUACGACUUCACAGAUUAUUACAUUGACUAGUACCGAAGAAUUUAUAAGUUCAAUAAAACCCGAAGGACAAGAAGGAAUACCGAAUGUUGAAGAAUUCAAAUCAGUUACAGUAUCUCAAGUUAUUUCUAAUGAACUUGAAGAAAAAUUACCAAGUGCCGAAAGUCCUAGUGAAAGCUUAGCGAAGUUUAGUUUGUCUGGCAGAGAAGCCGCUGAGACAAUUCAAGUUACUACUGUUUCAAAUACUCAAGAAUUUGUAAGAGAAAAAGCUCCAGAAGGUCAAACAGUACGACCAACUGUCGAUGAAUUAACUUCUUUGACAGUUAGUCAAGUUAAUACGAAUGAAGUUGAAGAUAUUCUUCCGAGUGCUGAAGCUCCAAUAGAAAAAACAGCUCAAACAAACAUCUUGGGUAGGGAAGUAGCAGAAAAAAGCGAAAUCAUGACAGUUACGACUACUGAAAAAUUAGUUGAACGACAAAAGCCCGAAGAACAGCAAGGAAAACCUGAGUUUGAGGGAUUAAGCACGGUGACAGUUUCUGAAGUUGUUUCAAAUGAAGUAGAAAAUAUUCUGCUUGAAAAUGAAAAGCCGAAGGAAUAUACGGCAAUGAAACAAAUGGAUAGUAUCGAAGUUGCCGAGACAACUGAAGUGAUCACAGUUACGUCAACAGAAAAAUUACAAAAGCAGGCAGUCCCUGAAGAGCAACGAGGCAAACCGAAUCUCGAAGAACUUGUUUCUUUAACAAUAUCUGAAAUAACUCAAGGAGAAACUGAAGAUGUUCUUCCUUCGCCAGACGUUCCAACAAAACAACUAGCAGACUCUAGUCUAAUCAGUCGUCCGGUUGCUGAAAAAUCUCAAGUUCUCACUACUACAACUACAGAAGAGCUCCUCAGUGCGCCGAAACCUGAAGAAAAGAAAGCUGUGCCUGAACAGGUUCCAUUCCAGAUAUUCGAACAAACUAUUCAACAGACUCAAGAGACCGAGUCUAUGUUAACAAUCUCAAAAAAAGCUGCAUCAGCUCAGGCUGAAGUAUCAAUAAAAACAUCGAAAAGUGUAGAAGUUACUCAGGUUGUAGCCAAUGAAAAAGAAUCUAAAGAAGUAAUUAAAGGUAUGGCUAGUGAAGUUAAUGCUCAACCAGACAUUAUGGAGAGCCAGGUAGCCGUGACAUCAGAGAUCUUACCCAAGUCUACUGUUUCUGAGUUUGAUGUCGAUAAACCAGAUAUGAAGACCGCGCGAAAAGUAGAUGAAGAAAAGAGAAGUGUCAUUGUAACAGAUUUCGGAACGUUCGAAGAAUUUGAAUCAGAGUAUCCUGAGUCCAUUAAGCCAUUCUCAAAGUCAGCCACAGUUACCUACGAGUCUGACCAUCUGGAGCAAGUUAUUGAAACAACAGAAGCACCAGUCCAUGAUUAUAUACAACCUACAAUACAUGAUACACCCAUACACGAAUACACUACUGAUAGAACACAGCCACAGGUGGAAUCAGAUACUGAAGUUACUGAAGAAUACACGACAACAUUUAGGCGAGGUAGCAGAGACGACAAUACCUCAGCUAUUAAAACAAAGAAAACUAUAAUUAGAAAGAAGAAGCAAUCAGAAGAUGAAAGCGAUAAUGUUGUUGUUAUUGAAGAGGAAUUAGAUGAUAUUAAAUCAAAAUUGCCAUCGAUACCAAAGAAACAAUUUAUGCCAAUUGAAGAAGUUACUGGGGUAUUUGAAACUGACGAAACUACUCCUUCAGUGAUUGAAGAAAUCGAAGAAAUUCCGGAAGAAACCAACGAUACUGUUGGAAAGAUUAAUGUAGUUGAGAUUCAAGAAGAUAAUAAAAAGAAAAAGAUAACAAAAAAGAAAGUUAUAAAAAGAAAUAGAAAAGGUCAAAAACUCAUGACUGAAGAAACUACGGUUGAAGAAGACGGUAAAAGUCCAAUUAUAACUGAAGUACCGAUGUCCUUUGACGAUGAUCUGAGUGAGGAUGAGAUAACGGCUGCGAUAAGACUACAUGAAACGAAACAGGAAAUAAAUGAUGAAAAGCCUAAUAAAACGGAUCAACCAACAGAACGAGAGGAGACUCGGGAAGAAGUUACAAUUACUGAAGAAGUAACAAAAACUGGUAAACCAAGGAAAAUUAUAAAAAAGAAAGUUAUAAGAAAAAGCGGACGAAAACUACAAGUAACAGAAGAGCAGACUAUUGAGGAGGAAGGCAAAACUCCAAUUACAACUGUUAUUGCAAAACCAGAGGAAGAAAUAAUUCCUGAGGAGACAACAGACGUGAUUCCAGCAAUAGAGCGUGUUCGUCCAAUUGAGCGUGAAGAAGUUCGUGAAGAAGUAACGGUUACUCAAGAAACUACCAAGACUGGUAAGCCCCGUAAAAUCACAAAGAAGAAAAUCAUUCGAAGAAAAGGUCAAAGACAGCAAGUUACAGAAGAACAAACGAUUGAGGAAGAAGGUAAAGCUCCAGUUACAACUGUUGUCGCAAAACCAGAGGAGGAAAUAAUUCCUGAGGAGACAACAGGCGUGAUUCCAGCAAUAGAGCGAUUCCAACCUAUCGAACGCGAAGAAGUUCGUGAAGAAGUAACAGUUACUCAAGAAACCACCAAGACUGGUAAACCACGGAAAAUCACGAAAAAGAAGAUUAUUCGAAGAAAAGGUCAAAGACAGCAAGUUACAGAAGAACAAACGAUUGAGGAAGAAGGUAAAGCUCCAGUUACAACUGUUGUCGCAAAACCAGAGGAGGAAAUAAUUCCUGAAGAGACAACAGGCGUGAUACCAGCAAUAGAGCGUGUGCAACCUAUCGAACGCGAAGAAAUUCGUGAAGAAGUAACAGUUACUCAAGAAACCACCAAGACUGGUAAACCACAGAAAAUCACGAAAAAGAAGAUUAUUCGAAGAAAAGGUCAAAGACAGCAAGUUACGGAAGAACAAACGAUUGAGGAAGAAGGUAAAGCUCCAGUUACAACUGUUGUUGCAAAACCAGAGGAGGAAAUAAUUCCUGAAGAGACAACAGGCGUGAUACCAGCAAUAGAGCGAUUCCAACCUAUUGAACGCGAAGAAGUUCGUGAAGAAGUAACAGUUACUCAAGAAACCACCAAGACUGGUAAACCACAGAAAAUCACGAAAAAGAAGAUUAUUCGAAGAAAAGGUCAAAGACAGCAAGUUACGGAAGAACAAACGAUUGAGGAAGAAGGUAAAGCUCCAGUUACAACUGUUGUUGCAAAACCAGAGGAGGAAAUAAUUCCUGAAGAGACAACAGGCGUGAUAACAGCAAUAGAGCGAUUCCAACCUAUUGAACGCGAAGAAGUUCGUGAAGAAGUAACAGUUACUCAAGAAACCACCAAGACUGGUAAACCACGGAAAAUCACGAAAAAGAAGAUCAUUCGAAGAAAAGGUCAAAGACAGCAAGUCACGGAAGAACAAACGAUUGAGGAAGAAGGUAAAGCUCCAGUUACAACUGUUGUCGCAAAACCAGAGGAGGAAAUAAUUCCUGAGGAGACAACAGGCGUGAUUCCAGCAAUAGAGCGAUUCCAACCUAUUGAACGCGAAGAAGUUCGUGAAGAAGUAACAGUUACUCAAGAAACCACCAAGACUGGUAAACCACGGAAAAUCACGAAAAAGAAGAUUAUUCGAAGAAAAGGUCAAAGACAGCAAGUUACGGAAGAACAAACGAUUGAGGAAGAAGGUAAAGCUCCAGUUACAACUGUUGUUGCAAAACCAGAGGAGGAAAUAAUUCCUGAAGAGACAACAGGCGUGAUAACAGCAAUAGAGCGAUUCCAACCUAUUGAACGCGAAGAAGUUCGUGAAGAAGUAACAGUUACUCAAGAAACCACCAAGACUGGUAAACCACGGAAAAUCACGAAAAAGAAGAUCAUUCGAAGAAAAGGUCAAAGACAGCAAGUCACGGAAGAACAAACGAUUGAGGAAGAAGGUAAAGCUCCAGUUACAACUGUUGUCGCAAAACCAGAGGAGGAAAUAAUUCCUGAAGAGACAACAGGCGUGAUACCAGCAAUAGAGCGUGUGCAACCUAUCGAACGCGAAGAAAUUCGUGAAGAAGUAACAGUUACUCAAGAAACCACCAAGACUGGUAAACCACGGAAAAUCACGAAAAAGAAGAUUAUUCGAAGAAAAGGUCAAAGACAGCAAGUUACGGAAGAACAAACGAUUGAGGAAGAAGGUAAAGCUCCAGUUACAACUGUUGUUGCAAAACCAGAGGAGGAAAUAAUUCCUGAAGAGACAACAGGCGUGAUAACAGCAAUAGAGCGAUUCCAACCUAUUGAACGCGAAGAAGUUCGUGAAGAAGUAACAGUUACUCAAGAAACCACCAAGACUGGUAAACCACGGAAAAUCACGAAAAAGAAGAUCAUUCGAAGAAAAGGUCAAAGACAGCAAGUCACGGAAGAACAAACGAUUGAGGAAGAAGGUAAAGCUCCAGUUACAACUGUUGUCGCAAAACCAGAGGAGGAAAUAAUUCCUGAAGAGACAACAGGCGUGAUACCAGCAAUAGAGCGUGUGCAACCUAUCGAACGCGAAGAAAUUCGUGAAGAAGUAACAGUUACUCAAGAAACCACCAAGACUGGUAAACCACAGAAAAUCACGAAAAAGAAGAUUAUUCGAAGAAAAGGUCAAAGACAGCAAGUUACGGAAGAACAAACGAUUGAGGAAGAAGGUAAAGCUCCAGUUACAACUGUUGUCGCAAAACCAGAGGAGGAAAUAAUUCCUGAAGAGACAACAGGCGUGAUACCAGCAAUAGAGCGAUUCCAACCUAUCGAACGCGAAGAAAUUCGUGAAGAAGUAACAGUUACUCAAGAAACCACCAAGACUGGUAAACCACGGAAAAUCACGAAAAAGAAAAUUAUUCGAAGAAAAGGUCAAAGACAGCAAGUUACGGAAGAACAAACGAUUGAGGAAGAAGGUAAAGCUCCAGUUACAACUGUUGUUGCAAAACCAGAGGAGGAAAUAAUUCCUGAAGAGACAACAGGCGUGAUACCAGCAAUAGAGCGAUUCCAACCUAUUGAACGCGAAGAAGUUCGUGAAGAAGUAACAGUUACUCAAGAAACCACCAAGACUGGUAAACCACGGAAAAUCACGAAAAAGAAGAUCAUUCGAAGAAAAGGUCAAAGACAGCAAGUCACGGAAGAACAAACGAUUGAGGAAGAAGGUAAAGCUCCAGUUACAACUGUUGUCGCAAAACCAGAGGAGGAAAUAAUUCCUGAAGAGACAACAGGCGUGAUACCAGCAAUAGAGCGUGUGCAACCUAUCGAACGCGAAGAAAUUCGUGAAGAAGUAACAGUUACUCAAGAAACCACCAAGACUGGUAAACCACGGAAAAUCACGAAAAAGAAGAUCAUUCGAAGAAAAGGUCAAAGACAGCAAGUUACAGAAGAACAAACGAUUGAGGAAGAAGGUAAAGCUCCAGUUACAACUGUUGUUGCAAAACCAGAGGAGGAAAUAAUUUCCGAGGAGACAACAGACUUGAUUCCAGCAAUAGAAGGAGUUCGUCCGAUUGAGCCUGAAGAAGUUCGUGAAGAAGUAACGGUUACUCAAGAAACAUCUCAGACAGGAAAACCAAAAAAGAUAACCAAAAGAAGAAUUAUCCGAAAAAAGGGUCAAAAACAACAAGUGACAGAGGAGCAGACUAUUGAAGAGGAAGGUAAAGCUCCGAUAAAGAGUGUCAUUUCAAAACCCGAGGAAGAUGUUAUUCUUGAAGAAACGACGGAGAUCAUACCUUCAAUUGAAUACGUUAAGCCAACUGACCGUGAGGAAAUCCGUGAAGAAGUUACAGUUACUGAAGAAGUAACGAAAACAGGAACACCAAUGAAAGUUACUAAGAAGAAAACUAUUCGAAAAAAGGGCAAUGAACGACAGGUGACAGAAGAGCAAACUGUUGAAGAAGAAGGAAAGACACCAGUUAAAACUAUUCUUAUUAAGCCAGAAGAAAAUAUUUUGCAUGAAGAUGCAAUAACUCUUUUACCGGUAUUGGAAUAUGACCAAGCCAGCGAGGGCAAAGAAGUACAAGAAGAAGUAAUUGUAACGGAAGUAAAGAGUAUGACUGGCAAACCACGAAAAAUCACAAAGAAAACGAUCGUUCACAAAAAAGAUGAAAAACCAAUUGUUACAGUUGUGCAAACUAUCGAAGAGGCAGGUAAAAUACCAAUAGUUAAUGCAAUAACAAAAUCAUUGGAAUAUGUUGCACCUGAAAAAAGUUCAAAACCUUUAUUAGCCAUUGAUUAUGAAAAACCUGUCGAAAGCGUAGGACAACAAGAAAUCAUCACAGUUACUCAAGAAAUCACCAAGUCUGGUAAGCCUCGUAAAGUUAUUAAGAAAAAAAUAAUACGCAAACAAGGAAACAAGCAACAAGUGACAGUUGAAAAGACUAUUGAAGAAGAAGGUAAAUCCCCUCUAACAAAAGUUAUCGUGGAACCUGAAGAGGAAGUCGUAUUUGAUGAAACGACUGGACCACUUUCUAAUACACUUGAUGAAUCUACUGAAAUAGCAGAAGUCCGUGAAGUAGUCACAAUCGUUGAAGAUACGACUCAAAUCGGCAAACCUCGACGAAUCGUUAAAAAAAAAGUAAUACGCAGAAAGGGUAUGAAACAACAAGUUACCGAAGAACAAACGAUUGAAGAAGAAGGGAAAGCUCCUGUAACAAGAGUAAUUGCUCAACCAGAAGAAGAAAUUAUUCUGGAUGAGACUACUGAACCUCUUCCAACCUUCACUUAUGCAAGACCUGCUCAUCCAGAUGAAGUACGAGAGGAAGUGACUAUCACUCAAGAUACUACAGAAGAAGGCAAACCUCGUAAAGUUACUACAAAAAAAAUUAUUCGACGUCGAGGUAAAAAGCAAAAAGUUAUAGAGGAAAAAAUGAUUGAAGAAGAAGGCAAAGCUCCGGUAGUUGCAGUCAUAAAAAAACCAGAAGAAGAAAUUAUUCCAGAUGAAACUUCUGAACCUCUACCCGAUGAAACAUAUUGUACUGUCACUGUUACUGAAGAAAAAAGUCCUAAAGGUCAUUCAGUUAGUAUAACUAAGAAAAAAAUUGUUCGUAAACGUGGUAAAAGGCAACAGGUUGUUGAAGAAAAAACGACUGAAGAGGAAGGCGAAGCUCCAGUAACAGAAAUUAUAACACUACCCGAAGAAGAGAUUAUUUCUGAUACAAUUAUACAACCACUUUCUGUUCCUCAAUUCGGUGUGCUGUUAGACAGUGAAGAAGUUCGGGAAAUAGUUACUGUUACCGAAGAAACUUCAAAGAUCGGCAAGCCCCAAAAAGUCAUCAAGAAAAAAAUAAUCCGCAAGAAGGGCAAGAAACAACAAGUCACUGAAGAACAAACGAUCGAAGAAGAUGGUAAAGCUCCAGUAAUCACAACAAUCAUUCAACCGGAAGAAGAAAUUAUUUUGGAAGAAAUUACAAAGCCAAUGCCACUUUCAGUUCAUGACAAACUUAUUGACGUUAUAAAAACUUCAGAAGUUCCAGCAGAAAUUCCGGUAACCGAAAUUAUUAUUACAGAAAAAGCUAAAAAAAUUAAGAAAAAAAAGGCUCCAAAGAAAGAUGAAACAGUUGAAGAUCAAGCUUUGGCUCCUGCCGACGUUGAAGUAAUAGAGCAUGACGAAUUCCCUCAAGAAGCUACAAAAAUGUCACCAGAAGAAACACAUGAAAUAGUUACAGUAACUCACCACAAAACAACUAAAGGCAAGCCCGUUAAAGUCACUAAGAAAAAAAUUAUUCGCAAGAAAGAUAACAAACAACAGGUAAUAGAAGAAAAAAUAAUUGAAGAAAAAGAUAAAGCUCCUGUAACCAAAUUCAUUGUUGAACCGGAAGAAGAAAUUAUUUAUGACCGUACAACUGAACUAAUUCCUACUUCAGAAACAGCCGAACCAGUAGAAAAUGAAGAAAUUCAAGAAAUAAUGACAGUUUCUAUGGAAACUGCAGAUACCGGUAAGCCAAGAAAAAUCACAAAGAAAAAAAUAAUUCGUAAGAAGGGUAAGAAACAACAAGUAACUGUAGAAAAAGUGAUUGAAGAAGAAGGAAAAGCUCCAGUGAGAGAAUCUACUGUUGAGCCAGAGGAGGAAAUAAUUUCUGAAGAUUUUGCUGCACCACUGUCAGUUUUUGCCCAUGAAAUGUCAACAGAAAAAGAAGAAAUCCGUGAAGUUGUUACAGUUACAACAGAGUGGACUAAAUUUGGUAAGCCUAAGAAAAUAACAAAGAAAAAAACAAUACGUAAAAAAGGUAAAAAGCAACAAAUUACCGAAGAAAAAACUGUCGAGCAGAAAGGAAAAUCACCGGUGAAAACAGUUACUGUUUUACCAGAAGAAGAAAUUAUUUCUGAAGAAAGUACUUUACCAUUGUCUACUACCGUGCAUGUCCGGCCUUCUGAUCGUGAAGAAGUCCGUCAAGAAGUUACUGUUUCAGAAGAAACUACUGAAGAAGGCAAGCCUCGCAAAAUAACUAGGAAAAGAGUUAUCACCAAAAGAGGUAAAAGAAUUCAAACUUCAGAGGAAAGAGUUAUUGAAGAAGAAGGUAAAGCUCCAGUAUCUGACGUUAUUACUGGUCCAGUUGAGGAAAUUAUUUCUGAUGAAACUCUUGAACCGCUAGCUUUUAUUGAAUUCGAACAACCUAUAACGAUUGAAGAAAUUGAAGAACCUGUUACAGUUACUGAAGAAGUAGUUCUUGAGGAUAAGACUGAUGAAAGUCCAAAGAAAAAAGAUAAGAAACGUCCGAGAGCUGAUAAAAAACCAAUUGAAGCUUCAGAAUCAAUUAUUCCAUCCGAUGAAAUUCCGGAAGAGAUUGAUUCGGGUGUGGAAUCUGUUGAAGCAACUGAGAGCGAAGAAACACGAGAGCUAGUAACAGUUGUUGAAGAAACAACGAUGACUGGUAAGCCUCGACGUGUUGUCAAGAAAAAAAUAAUCCGUAAGAAAGGUAAAAAACAACAGAUAACAGAAGAAAAAACUGUUGAAGAGGACGGAAAAGUUCCAGUUACAGAAAUAAUUGAACAACCAGUAGAAGAAAUUGUGUUGGAAACUAUUGAAACCCUUUCUGAAGAAUCUGUACAGCCGAUCGAGGAAGAAAUUUAUGAAGUCGUUACAGUCUCAGAAGAACCAACGAAGCGAGGCAAAUCUAAGAAAGUAACGAAGAAGACAAUUAUUAAGAAAAAAGGUGCAAAACAGCAGGUAACUGAAAAACAAAUUAUUGAAGAAGAAGGCAAAGCUUCAGUGACAGAAAUUACUGUUCAACCAGAAGAAGAAAUUAUCUCUGAUGAAACAACUCAAUUACUCCCUGAUGUCGAAUAUAGUGAACCAACUGAAAGCGAAGAAAUACGCGAAAUAGUAACAGUUACUGAAGAAAAAACUAAAACGGGUAAACCCAGGAAAGUUAUUAAGAAAAAAACUAUCCGUAAGAAGGGUCAAAAACAACAAGUAACUGCGGAAACAAUAACUCAGGAAGAAGGAAAAGCUCCAACAGUAACAGUAGAAACUCAACCGGAAGAAGAAAUAAUCUCAGAAGUAGUAACUAUGCCAAUGCCUGAAGAAAUCUCUCAAAUCAUUUCCGUCGUUGACGAAGUAACUCCUGAAGGUAAACCUCGGCGAGUCGUUAAGAAAAAGAGAAUUCGUAAGAAAGGUAAUAAGCAACAAAUUGUUGAGGAAAAGACGGUUGAAGAAGAAGGACAAACUCCUGUUACUGAAGUCACUGUUGAACCGGUAGAAGAAAUCGUUGUUGAUGAAAUUAUCGAAGCUCCUCGAACUGAAAAGUCUAAGAAACCGAAAUCAAAGAAAAAGCAUAUAGAAGAAGAGAUUCCAGAAGACAUCAAAACAUUAAAAGAUAAAUUAAAACCACUGAAAAUGAAGGUUGAAGUACAGGAUUCGAAGCCAACGAAACUAGAGAUUACUUCUCCGCAACCAUUAUUUGCAAAAUUGAAAUUAAGAAAAGCUCCGAUUCUCAAAUCGAAAGAUAAGAAAGAUAAGUUCCCGAAAAUACUUCUUCGCAGUAGAAUCAACUUCUUUGAAUAUCCUCCGUUGUUACAGCAUCCAAAAAUUACUUUGUUGAAGCCACAGUUUGUUCAAGCUGGUGUACUUUCACGAAACAUCGAGGAAGCUAUUAAACUUAAGAAGAAGAAGAUGAAGAAAUUCAAACCACAUGAUUACGAUCAGGAAGCACUCGAGAAAUUGGAUCUUGAGUUUGAUGAAUCAAAACAACCUCUUGAACAGCCAGAAAAAUUGGAGCCUUAUAAACGUAAACCUAAAUCUGAUAAGCCUGAAGAACAACCAUCAGACAAAUUGAAAAUAGGGAGAGGCAAGCUAAAGCCUGAGAAUGAAGAGGAAGAAAGUAUUACGCUGAAGAAAAUUCCAAAAAAAGAUGGCAAAGAGGAAGUUGAAAUGAAGCCUAAGCCUAAAGAUAAAAAGAGACCUAGCGAGAGUAAACAACCUACAGAAGAAACAGGAAGUCCAGAGGAUCUUGAAUUCAAGCCUUAUGAUAUUGAACCAUUUAAAGCUGAUUUAGAAAAGAGAGAACCACUUGAUAAGGAAGAAGUCCCUGGAACUUCUCCUCCAAAAGACGAUAAGAAAAAACCAAAACGUAAACCUAAAAAACCUGAUCAAGAGUCCGAAAAGAUUGACAUUGUCCCAGGCAAACCAAAGCCUGAAGAUGAAGAAGAUAUUCCUGACUUAAAAUUGAAGUAUAAACAAGGUCCUAAACCUGAAGACCAACCUGAAAAAAUUGCAUUAAAGCCUUGGAAAAAAUCGAAAACAUCAGAAGAUGAAAAGAAACCAGUUGACGACGGUUUGACAUUUACGCCGUAUGAUCAAAAACAUGAGGAAGUUCCUGAUGAAAUUGAAACAGUAACAACCCAGGAAAUUGUAGAUACUCAUUCGAAGAAGCCGAAGAAAAUUACUAAGAAACGUAUUACGAAGAAGAAAGGUAAUCAGCAACAGAUCACUGAGGUAACUACAGUUGAAGAAGAAGGAAAAAUACCCGUUUGUUCCAUUACUGAGUAUCCUGUUGAGGAAGUGAUAUUUGACGAAAUAACUCCUGUUGAAUCAGAAACGUUGGUACCUACAAUCCAUGACGAAGUUCGUGAACAAGUUACAGUUUUUGAGAUCACAACGGAAGAAGGUACGCCACAGAAAGUCACGAAAAAACGUACAGUGAAACGCCGUGGUAAGAAACAGCAGGUUGUUGAAGAGAAAAUAAUUGAAGAAGAAGGUAAACAACCAAUCACUUUACUCACGGAGACUCUUAAUGAGGAAGUUAUUGGUGAAGAUACUUAUCAAACUAUUGAUGCUGUUGAAGAACUAACACCAAUCGUGACUGAAGAAACAACUGAACAAGUUACGGUAACUGAAAUAACUUCUGCCGAAGGUAUUCCUCAAAAAGUAACUAAAAAGAAGACAACCAAGAAAAAGGGUACGAAGCAAAAUGUGAGAGAAGAAGUGACUAUUGAAGAAGUUGACAAGACCCCAAGGUUUAAAAUAACUGAAAAAAUAUUAGAAGAAGUAUCAAGUUUGCCUGAUGAAGAAAGAAUUGAACCUAAAGUUAUUGAAGAUGUAACUGAUGAUGUACAAGUCACGGAGACUGUAACAAAGAAAGGAAAGCCUAAGAAAUUCACAAAGAAAAAGACAGUAAAGAGAAGAGGAUCUGUAAAAGAAGUUAUUGAACAGAUUGUGGUAGAAGAACAAGGUAAAGCUCCAGUGACUUUAAUGAUCGGAGAACCUACUGAAGAAGCUGUUAGUGAUGAAGAAGCUGUUGAAUUUUUGACUACACUUGAAGGACCAGUUCCAGUUGAAGAGAUAUUGGAACAAGUCAUUGUCUCGGAAGAAAUAACAAAAAAAGGUAAACCAAAGACGACAGUUACGAAACGUAUUACUAAAAAAGCUGGAAAGAAACAACAGGUUAUUGAAACAAGGAUUAUUGAAGAGGAAGGCAAAAUGCCUGAGACGAACGUAAUAGAGGAACCUGUAGAAGAAAUUUUGGUUGAUGAAGUUACUCAAAUAUUACCAUCUACUGAAGAAGUAGUGCCUUCUGAAGUUGAAGAAGUAAAGGAACAAGUUAUUAUUAGUGAAGAGAUUACUGACGAGGGAGCACCGAAGAAGAUUAUUAAGAAAAGAAUAACCAAACGAAAGGGUAGAAAACAGAAAGUUAUUGAAGAAAUCACAACCAAAGAAGGUGAUCAAUCUCCUGUGGUAGAAACUAUUGAACAUCCAGAUGAAGAAGUUAUAUUUGAAGAGACAAUAAAACCAUUUGAAGAUGACAGAGAUGAGUAUGAAACGGAAAUAAUUCCAAUUACUGAAACAAAAGUAGUUGAAGAAAUAACUUCAUUCGGUAAACCAAAAAAGACAACCAAGAAACGGAAAGUUGUGAAAAAACCAGAUGACGAGGCAAAAAUUAUUGAAGAAACUACAAUCGAAGAAGAAGGAAAAGCUCCGAUUCAAACUAUCGAAGAAAUACCUAUAGAGGAAAUUGAAAAGGAAAAGCUGAAAAAACCGAAGAAACCAAAAAAACUAAAAACUAUGACGUCCGAGAAGGUUGCAGAUACAGAGACUUUGAACGAUGAAUUGAAGCCUCAGUUACUUAAACGCAUUGAUAAUAAAAAAUUACAGAAGCCAAAGAUUGAAGAACCUGAGAAACCACAGUUCGGCUUAAUAAAAUUAAAGAAAGCUCCUGUUGUUAAGAGAAAGGAUGGUAAAAAAGAUAAAUUUCCGAAAAUUCUGCUUCGUAGUCGAAUACAGUUUUUGGAAUGGCCACCGAGUGAGAGAACGCCAAAAAUCAGUUUCAUAGAACCAAAUGAAAUUAAAAAUGGAAUUCUAUCUCACAAUAUUGAAGAAGCUUUGAAGUUAAAAAAACCUAAACGGAAGAAAGAAAAAUCUCAAGAUGUUGAUGAAACGGUAUUGGAAAAACUUGAUACUGAAUUUGAAGAAUUAAAAAAAGUUCCUUUGGAAGUAGUUGAAGAUAAGUCGAGUUACCAACGAAAACCUAAAAAAGAGAAACCUGAAGCAGAAGAUGUCAAAAAAUUGAAGAUGGGUAAAGGAAAAAUACCUGAAGAAGAAGAAGAUCGCGAACACGUGAGUCUAAAAAAGAUUCCAAAGAAACUUGAUGAAAAGGCUGACGAAGAAAAACCAGAAAUUCCAAAAAAACAAAAGGAAGAUAAAAAAGAAGAUAUUCCCAAUGAUGAGGAUCAACCAGAUUUUCUUUCAUUUAAACCUCAUGAAGUCGAUCAUGAGAAGCCAGAGUUAGAGGAACGAGAAGUACCCGUUGAAAAAGAUAACGAAAAAUCGAUCCCAGAAGAAGAUAAAAAGAAAAAACCUAAAAGAAAAACAAAAAAACCUGUCCAAGAAGUAGAAAAACUUGAAAUUAAACCUGGUGUUCCUAAAGAAGAUCAACCUGAAGAGAGUCCAAACUUAAGUCUAAAACCGAAACAAGGACCUAAGCCUGAAGAAGAGCAGACAGAAAUAAAACUCAAGCCUUGGAAAAAACCGAAAGAUGAAGAAACAGAGAAAGAAAGACCAGACGAUGAAAUCGAAUUCUCUCCAACUGAUAUUGUUGAUACCAUUAUUACGGAAGAAAUAGAACAAGUUUCAGGCAAAAAACCAAAAAAGAUAACAAAGAAAAAAAUUAUUCGAACAAAGAAAGACAAAAAACCUGAAAUUACUGAAGAAGUCACAGUUGAAGAGGAAGGAGAAGCACCAGUGGUAACAGUUUCAUCUACUUCUAGUGAAGAAAAAAUUCCGGAAGAAACUACUACUGAGUUCAAAGUUACUGACCAGCAAGUUCAGCCGAUAGUUGUUGAAGAGACACGUGAAGAAGUAGAAGUGACUGAAGUUGUUUCAGAAGCAGGUAAACCAAAAAAAGUAACAAAGAAACGCAAAACAACUAAAAAAGGGGAUCAAGCAAAGGUUGUUGAAGAAGUAGUCGUUGACGAACAAGGUAAAAAACCUGAAAAAACAGUAAUCGAGUAUGAUCUUCCUGAAGAAAAAACUGAAGUAAAGAAAUUGCUUAAGAAAAAAUCACUGAAAACUGAUGAAGUACCGACUGAAGAAGUGAAAGAUGCAGAGAAACCAGUGCUGCAUAAAAUAAAAAGAGGAAGUCAGAAGCCUACGAAUCUGGAAAUAAAAGAACCUGAAGUUCCUUUGUUUGCUCAGGUCAAGUUAAAGAAAGCACAACCUGUUCGGAAACCUAAAGAAGAAGUUAAGAAAGAUAAAUUCCCAAAAAUUCUAUUGCGAAGCAGAAUUACAGAUCAUGAGUGGCCACCGGCUAUCAGAUAUCCAACAUUAUCGACUAUUGAACCCAAUUACGUUCAAUCUGGAAUUCUUUCCCGUAAUAUGGAAGAAGCUUUGAAAAUCAAAAAAAGUAAACGUAAAAUGCCUAAGCAGAGUGAUAAGGAGUUGGUAGACUUAGAAAAACUCGAUAAAGAAUUCGAAGAGAUCAAAAAAGUUCCGUUGGAAAAAGUCGAAGACACAGUGCCAUAUACGAGGAAACCAAAGCCUGAGAAACGGAAACCUGAAGAGCCUGAAAAAUUGACGGUCGGUAAAGGAAAAGUAAAGCCGAAAGAAGAAGAAGAACCAGAAAAAGUUCAGUUAAAAAAGAUACCGGAAAAAAAACCGACAGAACAAAAAGAUGACAAACCUGAAAAGAAAAAGAAAUCUCCUGAGGAUAAAGUAAAACAACCGAAAGAUGAAAAAACGUAUUCUGAGCUUUCACCUUUUGAGCCUUAUGACAUUCCUGACAGUACUGUUGAGCUUGAAGAAUUGGAAAAACCAGAACUUGAAGAUGGAGACAAACCAGACGAUGGCAAAUCUGAGAAAAAACCAAGAAAACAGAAAAAAUCGAAACCAACACCAGAAAUCGAAUCUAUUCCAAUAGUUCCUGGCGUUCCCAAGCCUCAACCAGAAGAGGAUCAUCCUGAUGUCAAAUUUAGAAUUCCUGAAAAACCGAAACCUGACGAGAAGCCAGAAGAAAUUAAGCUUAAACCCUGGAAAAAACCUGAUGGUAAACCUGAAGAAGAAAAAGAUCAAGAUGACACAAUUAAAUUUGUCCCGCGUGACACUGAAGUGAUUCAAACGGUCGUUACCGAAGAAAUAGAUAAAGUUCCAGGUAAAAAACCAAAGAAGAUUACAAAGAAAAGAAUCACUAAAAAGCGUGGCAAUGAAAAGCCCGUCGUAACUGAAGAAGUCACUUUCGAAGAAGAAGAUGAGCUCCCGGUGACAACCAUUACCUUCGAGGAUAUUCCUGAAGACCAGCUUGAAGAUCUCCAACUCAAGAUACUCGACAAACCGGAAACACCGACACCUAAAAUUGUCGAAGAAAUUCGUGAAGAAGUGACAGUUACCACUGUCCAAACUGAAGAAGGUAAACCUAAGAAAAUUCGGCGUAAAAAAAUUACUAAAAAAGUUGGUGACGAAGAGAAAGUUACUGAAGUAGUAACUGUAGAAGAGGAUGGUAAAAAGCCGGUAACAACUAUCACUGAAACAUUUGAAGACACGACACAAGUACACACAAAACCUAAACACAAACAGCCCACAAAACCAAACGAUGUCAAGUCGAGUCCAGAAGGUAUCACCGAGGAGUCUAUCAUAGAGGAUCUUAUCGAGGAAGUAGAAGAUAAGGAAAAGAAGACUAAAAUGAUAAAGAAAAAACCGAAGACAUCAGAGACCGAGGUGACUGAAGAGACGGUUGAGGAUAUUUCAGUCGACAAACCAAAGAGAGUUAAGGCUAAACCUGUUGAGGACGAAGAGGAAGAAGUUAAAAUCACCGAGGUCGACGUAAAGAAAGCACCGAAAGAAAAAAGACGUAAAUCUAAAGAAGUUACUGUUGAGGAGGAAAUCAUUGAAAUAGUUGAGACACCAACACAAAUAGUUACCAAGAAGAAAAAGCCAACUAAAAAAGGUAAAUCGGAAGAAAUAGUCACUGAAGUUGUUGAAAAAGCUAAAGAAGAGUCGGUUUUCAUGGAAGAACAGCAGAUUGUUGAAAUUACUGAAACGCCGGAAAAGAAAAUUAUCAAGAGGAAAACUUCUGUUAUUCGAGAUGAUGGAGUUCCUGAAGAAGUUAUUGAGGAAAUAGUUAUACCCAAACCUAAGAAAGAAAAGGCUACGCCGAUUGUUGAACAACUUGAUACUGCUAAAAUGACCGGAGUUGAAGUGAGACAAGGGCCGGAAGAAAUUGUUGAUGAAGAAAUUAUAGAAACUGUUGAAACACCUACUCAAAGAACUGUCAAGAGGAAAAAGAAAGCGACUAAAGAACAGGCUGAAGAAGUCGUGGAAAAAGUAAUCGCUAAAUCAGUUGAAGAGCAGAAAAUUAUGGAAGAACAGCAGAUUGUUGAGAUCACCGAGACACCGACUAAAACAGUAAUCAGAAGAAAAUCAAUUGUUAUACGUGAUGACCAAGUUCCUGAAGAAGUUAUCGAGGAAAUAGUUCUUAGAAAACCGCAAUUAGAAAAGGCUCAACCUCUUGUUGAAGAAUUAGAUACAGCUCAAGUAACAAAACCUAAAGUUCUGAAGCUUCCUGUUAAGAAAGAAAUUGAUCAAACCACAAAAGAGACAACUGAAGAAAUAAUAUUGAAGAAACCGGCGAAAGAAAAAGCUAAACCCGUAGUCGAAGAAUUGGAAACAGUCAAAAUAAGUGAAGUUGAAGUAUUAGAAAUUGUGGAAACACCAAAGACGCGAGUUACAAAGAAACGAAAACCAGCCAAGGAAGAUAAACCUGAGGAACUUAUCGAAGAGACUGUUCACAAACUGGAUGAAGAAGCAACUCUUAUGGAAGAUCAAAAAAUUGUGGAAGUCAAAGAAACACCAACUAAGACAAUAAUUAGACGUAAAUCUAUAACUAUUAAAGAUGGAGUUCCUGAGGAAACUAUUGAAGAGAUUGUAUUACAUAAACCUAAGAAAGAACGGGCUCAUUCGAUUGUCGACGAACUUGGCACUGUAACUAUUAGAGAAGUCGACAUUCAUGAGGGUCCAGUUGAAGAAACCGUCAUUGAGACCGUCGAAACUCCAUCAAAGGUAAUUGUCACGAAAAAGAGGAAGUCUAUCAAAGAAGAUAAGCCAGAGGAAAUUGUUCAAGAAGUUGUUGUCAAAACGAAGAAAGAAAAGAAAGUCAUGGAAGAUCAAAAGAUUGUCGAAAUCACUGAAACUCCCGAAAAGAAAAUUAUUAAGCGAAAAACAUCAAUUGUGCGAGAUGAUGGUGUCCCUGAAGAAAAAAUUGAAGAAAUAGUUAUUCACAAACCAACUAAAGAAACGGCUGUUCUCAUUGUUGAAGAACUUGAGAUGGCAAGAAUCAUGGAAACUGAAGUUCUUCAGGGCCCAGUGGAAGAAGAAGUGACUGUUAUUGUUGAGACUCCGACUAAGAGAAUUGUUAAGACUAAACAACCAGCAAAGAAAGAUAAGCCAGUAAAAGUUUUUGAAGAAAUAACUAUGAAACCAGUAGAAGAAAUUACUUUCAUGGAGGAGCAGCAGAUUAUCGAAAUCACAGAAACCCCAACCAAAAAAAUAAUCAAGAGAAAGAUUCCAGUAGUUAAAGAAGACCAUACUUUAGAAGAAAUAAUCGAGGAAAUUGUUGUGUUGAAACCAACGGAAGUAAAAGCAAGAGCUAUUAUUGACGAACUUGGGUCUGCGAUAAUUACUGAAGCUGAAGUGAUCGAAGUAGUUGAAACUCCACAAACAAGAACAUUCAAGAGAAGAAAGUCAUCUGUUAAAGACAAAACUGAGAAAGUUGUUGAAGAAGUGAUGAUAAAACCUACUGAAGAAACAACAUUUAUGGAAGAACAACAAAUCGUAGAAAUAACUGAAACUCCAGAAAAGACUAUCAUCAAGCGAAAGGUUGCUGUGACAAAAGAUGAUCAAACACCUGAAGAAACGAUCGAAGAAAUUGUACUUCUGAAACCGAAGAAAGAAAAAGCUAAAACCGUAAUCGAAGAACUUGAAACGGCUCAGGUGAGUGAAGUUGAGAUACUAGAAAUUGUUGAAACACCGAAAACUAGAGUGACAAAGGUAAAGAAGCCAGCUAAAGAAGACAAACCCGAAGAAGUCGUAGAAGAGAUUGUUCAUAAGCUGGAAGAAGAAGCAACUUUGAUGGAAGAUCAGCAGAUCGUUGAAGUUAAAGAGACUCCAACAAAAACUAUUAUUAGACGUAAAUCUAUAACAAUCAAAGAUGGAGUUCCGGAAGAAACCAUUGAGGAUAUCGUCUUGCAUAAGCCGAAGAAAGAACGUGCUCAUUCGAUCGUUGAUGAACUUGGGACCGUUACUAUUUCAAUCACAGAUGUUCAUGAAGGUCCUGUGGAGGAAACGGUAAUUGAGACUGUCGAGACACCAGAGAAAAUUAUUGUGAAGAAAAGAAGAAAGUCUAUCAAAGAAGACAAGCCUGAAGAAGUUGUCGAAGAAGUAACGAUAAAACCAGUGGAAGAGAAAAAGAUUAUGGAAGAACAAAAGAUUGUAGAAGUAGUAGAAACGGCUAAGAAGAAGGUUAUUAAAAAAAUGAAAGCAGUUGUAAAUGAAGAUGGCACUCCGGAAGAAGUAAUUGAAGAAAUUGUUAUUCAUAAACCCCAAAAAGUAAAAGCAACCAGAGACAUUGUGCCUAUUGAAAGUGUUGAAGUUAGUCAAAUUAUCGUUCAAGAAGUUCCUGAAGAAUUCGAAAAAGGAAAGAAACCACAGGAUGAUAAAGCGGCUUCAGUUGAAGAUAAACCUGAAGAAGUCAAAGUUAGCAAAGUUACAGUCAAAAAAGCUCCAAAGAAACCAGAAGAAUCUAAAACGGAAGAGGUCGAGAAAAUUGAAGAACAAGUAGAAGAAGUCAAGCCAGAAAAACCUAAAAAGAAAAAGGCAGAAAAAGUUAUCACGCCCAAGGAAGGCAUUGAAACAACUGAAGUUGUUACUGGUGUCACAACUGAAGAAAUACCUGAAGAAGAAAAACCUAAAGAAGAAGCAGCUGCUGAAAUAACUCCUGAGGAGGCAGAAAAGCCAAAGAUUACGGAAGUACCUGUUAGUAAAGCUAAAGAAAAACCAAAAGAGGCUAUAGUCGAAGAGGUUACAGAACAAGUUGAGGAAGUUAAGCCAGAAAAACCGAAAAAGAAAAAGAAAACUGAGAAAACAGUUACUUUCAAUGAAAAUCUUGUCACAACUGAAAUUAUUCCCUCGCGAAGAGCUGAAGAAUUUCCUGAGGAAAAACCUGAAGAAAAGCAAGCAAUACCGGUUACAGAAGAGAAAGAAAAAGUUGAUGUGGCUGAAGUUACUGUGAAGAAGGUUCCAAAGAAAAAGAAACCGAUCGAAGACAAACCCGAAGAAAAACCAGUAGAAAAGGUAGAUGAAGUUUCAAAAGCUCCGGAAGAAAAAGUAAAUGGCCAUGUGCCUGAAGAAGUAGUGGCUGAAGAGAAACCAGAAGAGAUAACUACGGAAGAAAUUAAAGAAAAGAAAGUAAAGAAGACUAAGAAAAAGAAACCAGCGAAAAAAGCAGAUUGGGAAGAGUGGGUUGAGCCUGAAUAUGAACGUCCUGUUUUGGAACCGAUGCCGGAAAAAAUUGAAUGGGAGCCUACAAAGAAAAAAGAACAAAAGGUAGUUCCGCAGAAAAUUGAAAAACUUGUUCCACAAAAAAUUGAAAAAGUUACGGCUCAUAAAGCAACAAAAUUACAAUUUACGGAUUCUAAGGAAGAAGUUCAGUUUGCAACGAUUAAAUUAAAGAAAGCACAAACAAUUACGAAAAAAGAAGCACCAAAAGUUGAAUUGCCAAAGUUUAUGUUAAAAAGUCGUAUUGUAUUCCAUGGAGAAUACCCUCCAGAAAUACAAUACCCCUCAAUCACCGAAAUUGAACCAAAUCCUGUGCAAUCUGGAAUUCUUUCACGAAACAUCGAAGAAGGGUUGAAAGUCAUUAAGAAGAAGAUGAAAAAGAUCAAAUUACCGGAAAAAGAAUUAGUCGAGCUAGAAAAAUUAGAUAAAGAAUUUGAAGAGCUGAAAAAAGUUCCACUUGAAAAAAUUGAAGACAAGUCUAUUUAUGAGAGACCACCGAAAAAACCUAAGGAAGAAGAAGAACAACCUAAGCCUUUAGUUAUUGGCAAAGGUAAAGUUCCAGAAAAACCAGAGGAAGUUCCAGAAGAUAUUAAAUUGAAAAAAAUACCUGAAAAGAAGCCGGAAGAAGUUGAAGAGAAACCGAAAAAACCUAAUAAAGUAGAACCGGAAGAAAAACCUAAGGAAAAGAAAGAGCGGAAACCAUCAAUUAAAUUGGAGCAUGAAGACUUUAAACCAACAGAUUUUGAAAGGCCUGAGUUAGAGAAAUAUGUUCCGGAGGAGGAAGAACGGCCAGAAAAACCAGUGCCUGAAGUUGAAGUGAAACCACCACCUAAAAAGCCCAAAAAGAAACCAGAUCAAGAAAUUGAACAAGUACCUAUCGUUCCUGGUAUACCAAAACCACCUGAACCCGAAGAACAACCUGAGGUCAAGUUCCGUAUUCCUGAACGUCCGAAACCAGAAGAAGAACCAGAAAAAAUUACUCUCAAAGGCUGGAAAAAGGGUGAGCCUGAAGAAGAAGGUGUUGAAAAGUUCCCUGAACUAGAAAUUAAACCAGUACCAAGUGUACCGAAAGAAGAAGAAGAACAAGAACAAGAAAAAGUACCUGAGAAGGAAAAACCUAAAAAGAAGAAAAAGAAGCCAGUAAAAAAAGAAAAAGAAGCAUGGGAAGAAUGGGUUGAACCUGAAUAUGAGCGUCCUGUUUUGGAACCGAUGCCUGAGAAAAUUGAUUGGACACCAACUAAAAAGAAGAAGGAAGAAAUUUCAGAAGAAGUACCUAAGAAACCUGAAGAGACUAAGGUUCCUGAAGAUAACGAAGAAGAAGAAGUUACGGUAAAGAAACCCAGUCCUACGAAAGAGGAAGAAGCCCCGGAGGAAACUUUGGUUAUUAAGAAGAAGCCUAAGAAAGAACCUGAAGAGGCUCCAGCUGAAAUCACAAUCACAAAACCUAAAGAAGAAGAAAAGGUCGAAGUUGUAGAAGAGAUCACUGAAGAAGUUGUGAUUAAAAAAAAACCAAAGAAAAAGCCGUCUGUUGAAGAGGUUCCCGAAGACAUUGUUAUCAAAAAACCCCUUCCGGAAGAAAAACCGGUAGAAGAAGUUAGUGAGGAAGUAAUUAUUCCAAAGAAACCAGAAGAAACGCCGGAAGAAGCAACAGCUGAAAUUGUCAUUGAAAAACCAAUGCCCAAAGAAGUUGAAAAAGUAGUAGAAGAAGUCACAGAAGAGGUUACUAUCAAAAAGAAAAAGAAGAAGAAGCCAGCUAAAAAAGCAGAUUGGGAGGAAUGGGUUGAGCCUGAAUAUGAACGACCGGUAUUAGAGCCAAUGCCAGAGAAAAUUGACUGGGAGCCAUCAAAGAAAAGAAAAGAAAGUGUGCCAAUGCAUUUAGAAAAACCGUCAGUUGCUGAAGAAUCAGUUAUAGAAGAAGUUACAGAGGAAAAAGUUACUUUCAAAAGAAAACCUAAGAAAGAACCUGAAGAACCUACUGAUGAAGUCCUUCUGAAAAAACCUCAGAAAAAAGAAAAAGUUGUUGAAGAAGUUACAGAAGAAGUGACACUCAUUAAAAAACCAGUUGAAAAACAAGUUACUGAAGAAGUCGCUGAAGAGGUUGUUAUUAAAAAACCUGUUCCGGAAGAAAUUGAAAAAGUGGUAGAAGAAGUUACCGAAGAUGUGACAAUAACUAAAAAGUUGAAACCAAAACCGAAACUAAAAACAGAAGAAGUUUCAGAGGAGAUUGUUAUUAAAAAACCGGUUCCUGAAGAAGUAGAAAAGAUCGUAGAAGAAGUAACAGACGAAGUAACACUCAAAAAGAAACCAAAGAAAAAGCCAACCGUUGAAGAAGCUCCUGCAGAAAUCACGAUUAAAAAACCCGUACACAAAGAAGAAGAAAAACCAGUGGAAGAAGUCAGUGAGGAAAUUACUAUUCCAAAGAAACCAAAAGAAAAAUUGGAAGAAGGAGCUGACGAAAUAACUAUCAAAAAACCUGUUCCCGAAGAAGUUGAGAAAGUUGUAGAAGAAGUUACAGAGGAGGUUACUAUCAAAAAGAAAAAGAAGAAGAAGCCAACUAAGAAAGCAGAUUGGGAGGAAUGGGUUGAGCCUGAAUAUGAACGACCAGUGUUGGAACCAAUGCCAGAGAAAAUUGACUGGGAACCAUCAAAGAAAAGAAAAGAAAGUGUGCCAAUGCAUUUAGAAAAACCGUCAGUUGCUGAAGAAUCAGUUACAGAAGAAGUUACAGAGGAACAAGUCACUUUCAAAAGAAAACCUAAAAAAGAACCUGAAGAAGCAACUGAUGAAACAGUUGUUAUAAAACCACAAAAGAAAGAAAAAAUCGAUAUUACUGAAGAAGUGACGGAAGAAGUAACAUUGAAAAAGAUACCAAAGAAGCAACCAACUGUCGAAGAAGCUGCUGAUGAAGUGGUAAUAAAGAAACCUAUUGUUGAAGUUACAAAAGAAGUCGAAGAAGUCACUGAAGAAGUCACUUUGAAGAAGAAGCCCAAGAAAAAGCCAGUGACUGAAGAAUCUGCAGACGAAGUCACUAUCAAGAAACCGGUUGUUGAGAAGCCAGAAGAACAACCAGAAGAGGUUACUGAAGAAGUGACAUUGAAAAAGAAACCCAAGAAAAAGCCAGUAGCUGAAGAAGCUGCCGAUGAAGUGACGAUCAAAAAACCUGUUAUUCAAAAACCAGAAGAAUCCGAUGAGGUUACUGAAGAAGUUACUUUGAAGAAGAAACCAAAGAAAAAGCCAGUAGCUGAAGAAGCUGCCGAUGAAGUCACCAUCAAAAAACCGGUUAUUGAGAAGCCGGAAGAACAACCGGAAGAGGUUACUGAAGAAGUCACUUUGAAGAAGAAGCCAAAGAAGAAACCAGUAACUGAAGAAGCUGCUGAUGAAGUUACUAUUAAGAAGCCUAUUGUUAAAAAACCUGAGGAACAACCGGAAGAAGUUACUGAAGAAAUCACCCUCAAGAAAAAACCAAAGAAGAAGCCAGUAACUGAAGAAGCUGCUGAUGAAGUUACAAUUAAAAAACCAGUAGUACAGCCUGAAGAACAAUCAGAAGAUGUUACUGAAGAAGUCACUCUAAAGAAAAAACCGAAAAAGAAAGAAACAGUUGUUGAAGAUGUUGAAGAUACUGAGGUCACAAUAACGAAAAAACCAAAAGCUAAAGCACAAGUUACAGACACAGAAGAAGUGUCGACAGAAAUAAAAUUGAAGAAAAAAAUUGUGAAAGAAACUGUCGACGAAGCUGCUGACGAACUAGUCAUCAAGAAAACCGAAGAGGUCAUUGAAGAAGGUCCCGAAGAAGUAGUUGAAGAAUUAGUGGAAGAAUUCACAAUCAAACGUAAACCACCGAAGAAAGCUCCUAAAUUGAUAGAGGAAAUAUGCGAAGAUGUUACACUUCGUAAGCUACGGCCAAAGAAAAAGCGUCCAGACAUAAAAGAAGUCACUGAAACAGAAAACGUAACCUUCAGACCGCGAUCUACAAAAACCAAAGAAGACGUUGAACAAGAAUUCAAAAUUUCCCUCAACACUUACGAGGAAGAAGAUAUUUCAAUGUCCGGUAAAGUUCGUCUCAAGCCUAAGAAACGUGCUCCAACGUACCACGAAGAAGGGGGAGAAGAAACAAUUCGUAUUAUUCAAGGUCCUGAAGACGAUGGUCAACCAAUCGUUGAAGAAAUAAUUUAUGACUCUGAAGAAGAAUACAGUAUUAGCGAAUUGGAAACAGAUCAAUACAAUCUACCCCUUAAAAAGAAAAAGAAACCUCGUCCAUAUUCUGUCGAGCAAAUAGACGAAGAUGACGUCAGAGUAAAAUUGAAGAAAGAAAGAAAGUAUUCCGUUGAGGAAACCGAUGAAUCAUUAGCACUAAAAUUGAAGUCGAAGCGACGUACAUCGACAUAUGAAGAAGAAGAAGCUAGUCUCAGUAUCACUCGAGAAGGUGACAUCUAUGAAGAAGGUGAAGAAGAUUACAGUGUCCAUGAUGGCGCUACCAUGUUUUCCAUUUGCUCUUAUGUAGCCGAAACUGAUGAAGCCAUUAACCUGGUUGAAGGAGAAAGAGUUUACGUUAUUGAGCAUACUAAUGCUGACUGGUGGUUUGUCAAGAAACAUUUAGCACAAGAAAAAGGAUGGGUACCAGCUCAAUAUCUUCUUGAUGAAGAGCAUUACACUAUCUAUUUGCAGAAGAAACUUCAUGAGAAGAUUGACAAACUUCCUGUCUUCGAAAAACCUGGACCGGGUGAAGAGUCAUCAGCGCCACGUUUCAUUAAGAAAUUACAACCAAUCCAUACACCAGAUGGCUACACAGUCCAAUUUGAGUGUCAAGUAGAAGGUCUGCCAAGACCGCAGAUUACUUGGUUCAGACAAACAGCUAUAAUAAAACCAUCCCCAGAUUUUCAAAUUUACUAUGACGAAGACAACGUGGCAACUCUUAUCAUCAGGGAAGUCUUCCCAGAAGACGCUGGAAUGUUUACAUGCGUAGCUAAAAAUGCCGCUGGUUUUGCAUCGAGUACAACAGAACUAACCGUCGAAGCUCCACUUUCUGAUCACGGCUCUGACAUGACAGGACACUCACGCAAGAGUUUAUCUCGCGAGUCUUCGCUCGCGGACAUUCUUGAAGGAAUCCCACCAACAUUCUCACGCAAACCUAAAGCUAAAUGCGUCGACGAGAAAACUGAUGUCAUACUGGAAUGUCGGUUGGUGGCAGUACCCGAACCCGAGAUCACUUGGUAUUACGAGGACACCAAGAUAACCAGCAAAGAGAACGUCGUAGUUGCUACUGAGAGUGAUAUGCACAUGUACUGUAGCGUUAUGAAAAUAAAAAAGGUAACAAAGAAGCAGGAAGGACGGUAUAAAGUCGUCGCAAAGAAUCGAGAAGGUGAAGCAUCCAUUGAGAUUCCCCUGAAGGUAAAGACUGGCGCCCAAGAACCACCAGAAAUUUUGGAACCUUUAAAACCAUUCGUCAUUCGUGAAGGAGAAACGGUAGUUCUGUCCACGCAGAUCGUUGGUACACCAACUCCAAAGAUCACAUGGUUGAAGGACGGUAAGCCCCUGAAAGGAUUGACUCCAACCAAAGACGGUGACGUCAACACCUUGACAAUUAUACAGCCAAAACUUUCCGAUAAAGGAGAAUACUCUUGCGUCGCUACCAAUGAUCUUGGUACUGCGGAAACCAAAGCUACACUUACUGUCGAAGAAACACCCAGUGGUGCACCAGAACCACCACUCUUCACACAACGAUUCGAAGAGCUCACGGUCCCUGAGAAGGGUACAUUCAAACUAGUGGCUAAAGUCACAGGCAAUCCUGUACCAGAAGUUAAAUGGCUUAGAAACAAUAAGCCAUUAGGAAAAUCUCCCAACAUAAAAGAAACUUACGACGGUGAGAACAUCAUCUUGGAGAUUAAGAAUGCAGACUCUGAAGUUGAUUCUGGAGAUUACAAAUGCACUGCAAGCAACCCCGUUGGAAAGGCAUCACACGGUGCUAAAGUAACUGUGGAUGUUCCUAGAGUAACGUUUACCAAAAAACUUCCGAAAAAAUUAUCUGUUGACGAGUACAGAAUACUUGAACUUACUUGUGAGACAUCACACACAAUGUCCACGACUUGGUGGCAUAAUGACAAAGAAAUCAGUGGUAUGGAUCACCGUGAAGUCAUCGAAGAAGGCCGUAUUCACAAGCUGGUUAUCAAGAAGACCAGUAUCACUGACGAAGGCACUUACAAGUGUACCGUAAAAAACCAGAGCACUUCUUGCAAUGUCGAAGUCAAACCCACAAAACCGGAAUUCGUGAAGAAACUUCAAGAUUUCGAGGUAAUUGAAAAAGAAGUCGCGAUUCUUGAAGUUGAAGUUACAUCGCAGACUGCCGAUGUUAUUUGGAAGAAAGAUGGCGAACCUUUGAAACCUCGUGAUGAAAAGAUUGAGUUUGUUAAAGAUGGCUCAGUUAGAAAAUUACUUAUAAGAAGUACUUCUGUGCAUGAUGAAGGAGAGUAUAGCUGUACUCUUUUGGACGAAGAAUGCACUGCUGAAGUUACUGUUGUUGAACUACCACCUGAGAUAAUAACGAAGAUGAAGGAUGUACGAAUAGCACGAGGUGACAAAGCCAAGUUUAAUAUCGAGUUGACUAAAGGUGACGCUCUAGUACGUUGGUUCAAAGACGGACAAGAGCUUCAGUUCUCUGAACACAUUAGCUUGUCAAUUGACGGCAAGCGUCAAAAGUUAAAGAUCUACGAAGCAACUCCUGAAGAUGCUGGAGUUUAUUCAUGUCAAGUCGGAGAACAGACAUCGGCAGCAAGACUUAUCGUGGAGGAACCAGAGAUUGAUUUUAUUCGCAGACUACCAGAUGUAACUCUUGUUCCGCUGGAUGAGGACGCGCUCUUUACUAUCGAAUUAUCUAAGCCUGAUGUCCCUGUUCAGUGGUUUAAAAAGGGCGUACCUAUUGAAGACUCAAAGAAGUACACGAUAAUCGACGAAGGAACAGUCAAAAAGUUGAUCGUCAGUGAUUGUAGUGUAGAUGACGCUGUGGAGUAUAGUGCGGUCGUUUUGAACACUAAAACAUCAUCGAGAUUAAAGGUAGAAGUUGUUGAAGCUCCGCCGAAGAUCUCAAUUGAAUCACCGAAGAAAUACAGGGUGAAGAAAGGACACGACGUUGAUAUGACUGUAAGAUUUUCUGCUGCCCCUAAACCUACUGAUGAGUGGACCGUUGACGGCCGGGUCAUCGUUAAGUCCAAGAGGGUUAUCAAGACCUGUGAUGAAGAAUCUGCCACUCUGACUAUCAAGAAAGUUGAAGAAAAAGAUGUAGGUAAUUACACACUGAAGUUGGUUAACACACACGGUGAAGCAAGUACAGAAAUAAGACUUGUCAUUGGACGAGAACCUGGCAAACCUGAAGGACCUAUGAUUGUUAAGAACAUCAGACAUGACAGCGUGACCAUCGAGUGGAAACCUCCAAAAGAUGACGGUGGUUAUGACAUCACGGAAUACAUAAUUGAAAAGUGUGAAAAGAGUAGGAAAACUUGGACGAGAAUAACCGAAGUAACGGAAGAAACUUUGAGUUAUGAGAUUGAAAAUCUUAAGCAGGAUAUUGAGUAUAUAUUCAGAGUGAUUGCUAGAAAUGAAGUCGGACCAUCAGAACCUUUGGAAUCAGAACCUGUAACUGUUAAAUCAACAUUCGACAAACCUGGAGCACCUCAAGGGCCGCUUGAAGUAUCAGGAAUGACCAAAACAUCAUUCACUAUCAAGUGGCAGCCACCAGAAAAUGACGGGGGCAGUCCUAUCAUUGAGUACCAUGUCGAAAUUAAGGAAGCUACCAAGAAAAGUUGGACUAAAGUCGGCACCACCAAAGAAGACACCACUUACAUCAGUGUGUCAGACUUAAAGACAGAUGUAGCUUAUGAAUUUAGGAUAACAGCCACUAAUGCAAUUGGUACCGGUCCUCCGUACUUGUCAGAGGAACCCAUCAUACCAGGAAAACGAAUCACACCACCAUCAUGUCCACUCAAUUUCCAUGUCGAAAAUAUAACCAGUAAAAGUGUCACUCUCAAUUGGUCGCCACCAGCAAGUACUGGAGGCUCAGAACUGACUGGAUAUGUUAUUGAAAAGAGGCCAUUGAUUGGUAAAGGAUCUAAAUGGAUAAAAGUAGUAACAUUGGACGCAACAACCCAUCAGUACUGCGUUGAAAAUCUCAAAGAAAGCGAAUUCCUGUUCAGGAUAUUUGCUGAAAAUAGUAUAGGGCUUAGUACACCAGCUAUUUCUGAGCCUGUCACACUUAAGACUCAUGCGAACGUUCCAUCACCACCGACUGCGCCACUAGAAAUUCGUCAAAUCGCGGCAAAUACUGUAGUAAUAGAAUGGGGACGACCUGAAUCUGAUGGCGGCUCACCAUUAGAAGGCUACAAAAUUGCUAUAAGAGAUACAAAGAAAACCAUGUGGAUAGAAGUGGGCCGUGUCAAUGCAGACAUUCAAAAAUUGAACGUACGUGAUCUACAAGAAGGCCAUGAAUAUCUAAUGAGAAUUUACGCGAGAAAUGAAGUAGGAUUCAGUGAACCACUUGAGUCUGAUGAACCAGUUAAAAUAGUUCCUGCUUCCGAAUUAGCGGUAAUAGAACCAAUCGCCGAGGCAACAGAACGAGGGGAAACAGCCUCAGUAAGUUAUAGCACCGAAAAUACAAGCUCUUGGCUGAGAGAUCACAAUAUGGAUGCAGACAUAAGUUCGUAUGCACGCGCCCGGCUUCUUAGAAAAGAUGAAUAUUUCUUCCGAAUAUGGCACUAUGCCAAAAAACUUUUUAAAUAAGCAUUUUUUAAACUUCUGAUGUAUCGUUUUUAAUUUAUCGUCGGCCUAAAGAAUUUCAACAGCGGAGCUGAUACUAAAAUUAUUUUAGUUUAUAAAUGCAAAUUGAUAAGCUAUCGAUUAUUGGUAACUUAUUGUUUAGUUACAAUGUAUAUAAAGUAUAAAGAAAGUUACGAUAAAUGUAAUAAUAAUAAUUAAAGGACGAGUGUAAAAUCUAGUCAAACAGUUUGAAUAUUUGUUAAUAUGUCGAUGAUGAUAAUACUUCUAUGGACAAUUAACGUACACGAUAAGAUCCUCUUUAUUUAUGAAAUUUAAAUUUAUCGCUCAUUUAUUAUUUAUGUAUUAAAGCUCAUUAAUUAUUAUUGAUAUUAUUUCUUCCUUCAUCAUUUAACGUUAUCACAUUUUUUGUAAUUUGUUCAUAGCCGAAGAAUAAUAAAAUAUCUUCAUGGCAUUGUCGAAUAAUGUGAUAAUCUAUAAUACUUGACGUGCCAUUAAGGCAAUUAUAUUAAUGUUACUAUUAUGAUUUUGAAUAUUUUUCUGGAAAAAAAAUUUCACAGUCGAACUCCAUUAACUCGGAAAUUUAGACUAUGGAGGGGCGGAAAUUUCUUGGAAUUUCUGAGUUAACGGACGCUCCUUCUCCCUUAAAAAGUAAACUUUGACGCAUGAGCUCUUACAUCACAUGAAUGAUGCAUGUAUAAAUAUACAAACAAUUACAAAUGAGGGUCAAGAUUCAGGGAAAGUUCCGAGAUAAUGUAAUUCGACUGUAUGUGGAAAUAAUAUAAAUAUUCCUAUUGAAUGAAAGAAGAAAACGGCAACGUACGUCGAAAUACUAUCAUCACCUGAGUUUGAGAGAAUUAAUUUUAAGUAUUUAUUGUUAAUGUAUUUAAUUAUUACUAUCGUUAUUGUUAUUAUUAUGGAAAAUUAUUAUAAAUUAAUGGAAUAAUGUAAACUACUGUACAACGGCAAUAAGUCAAAUGACAUUUAUAAGUGUAACUCAAGAAUUUAAAGUUAUGAACAAUGAAUGAAAUAAGUAAUAAAAAAGGUGAUCGGUGAUUAUGCCACGUGAUGUUAGUACCCCGAGACGUAAAUAUAGGUGCGAAAUACCAUCAUUGCAUUCACCAACGUCACGUCGCAUGCUCCGAGUCUUUUUUAUGAGAUUUGUGAAUAAUAAACGAUUGUAAAGACA